AUGCGAGGGAGAAGAGGAAGGCCGCCCAAACAGGCAGCGGAGAUGCAGGAGGUUUCCCCUGGGCCAGUUCGUGGUUCGAGAGGGAGAGGGAGAGGUAGCCGUGGUAGGGGAAGGGGACGAGGACGUGGCCGCGGACGAGGUUCGGUGGUGGAUACCGGCGAUACAGAAAUUAAUCGGAGAGAAAACUACCAUUCGUCCAGGGGCCGGAGGAAAGUUGGAGCAACGACGACAUCGCGGGGCAGAGGAAGAGGCAGGGGUUCGAGAGGUGGUCGCGGCAGCAGGGGGAGACGGCCACUGUGCAAGGUGGUCUACGAUGACAAUAGCGACGAGGAAGAGGAUAAUAUUAGUUUGAGGUCGGAGGAAGACGAACUUUUACACGAGAAUCCCUCCUCAGACUACGAAGAGGAGGCCGUGGACAAUGAGUCCGAUUUUCUGGAAGAAUUACCAGAUGAGGAUGAUGGUAGCUACUGUACAGAGAGCAGCUUUCGGAGCCAUGAUAGCACGCACGGACAGCACUCCAGGUAAGUCGGCUUGCAAAUGCAAUUUAGAAGCAUUUUCCAAAUACACGCCAAAGUGCUACAGUUUUUAUUUAGCACAUUUGGGAAGCAAGCUGCAUUGUUCAAAAUGGAGAUUGCACUCAUAAACAGGCCUUUGUUUAGGAGCUCUGGUGAUCGUUUGCUAGUUCCCGCACAGUGAACACUACUGUCGCCUCGCAUGUUUUCUGUUAUGAAAAAUCAGUAACUUUCGGCAAAAAUGAUCACGCAUUUGACGAUGGGGAUUAUUGUAAUGCAAGUGCAAUUCACAUUUGCAUAAUUGCACAAUUUUGCAUGCAAAAUAUUAUUUGGCCAGGCGUUAGUUCCAGAGAAACAUUUAGCUACUUUCCAUUCAUUCAUUUAGCGAUUUCCCUUAACAUACAUGCGUAAACAAGCAUGCCAUGCUGCACUAUCUGGCUACAAAAUAUCACGAUACGAUUUGUUCCAUUUGUUUUAGAACUGCGCGUGCGGUUUUGAUACUUUGUCGCGUUGCCUUCAUCGCAUUAAUAUACUGUUAUACAAUUACUGUAGUAGAUGUAAACAAUAAAUAGUCAGUUUAAUCAACUAGUUGUAAUUUACCCCCAUUCUUUUUCCUUCAGAAUAUCAAGUGUUGAGAUAUAUUUCGUGAGAUUGUGGUUAAAUCAGCUUGACAGUACAUCAUCGCGCGGCCUUUGUUUUGAAAAGAGGCGCUCUAAUUUCACCUGUUGCAGCCUGAACUCAUUAUAAUAUCACGUACUAAAUUGUACGGUAACCAUAGCAAAGCCUAUCUAUGUAAACAAGCAAGAGCAAAGGCAACCUUCUUUUAAAUUAUAGAAUUGUAUAAUUGUUGAACUGGAAAGUCAGUCGUUUUGUUGUUGUAUAAUGUCAAAACAUUUGUGAAAGUGACAUUGAUGUCAUUCAUGUAGUUUGGACUUCAUGUAGUCAAUUUUCAAGCCAUUUAUGGAAUAUUAAGGAACCAUUUUGUAUUUUUCAGGAUUAUGCCUAAGAUUAGUAUAAAUUAUUCUACAUUUUCUGAUCUCAUAUGGUGGUGACUAUAAUCUUCAAAAUAUCAAAAUUCCACAUGUUCCUGUAGACUUGGAAUGGAUCUGCUGAUUCAUAAUGCAAUGCAGAAUUAUAUUUCCAUAAAGUUAUAGAUUUAUUGAUAUGGUAUUCAUCCUAAAAUGUCUGUAUGUGAAUGUGUUUUAUCACUUGCCCCACAUCUCAUAAGCACAGAAGUGUACAGCCUAGACCACAUGGUAUUUCUUGAAUCAUAAUUCUAUCUCUCCAUUGCACCCCAGUGACUGAUUACACAAAUAACCUCCUACCCCAAAUAGGCCCGCUUACCAUGUGAAUAUGGCUGAAUUGUGGCUUAUGUGCCUUUUCAUAUGACCUAUAAUCACACACACACUCAUUUUAUCACAGUGAGUCACAAAUACAUGCUUACACAUACAAAGAGACUGUGCAUAGGGUCAGGCGGAAUGAAGGCAGAGGUUUUUGUACACAGAGCCCUCACUGGGGGAACACGCUCAGGGGAGAGGUGCUUGUUGGUCAUUUUUAAUGUCACCUCAUCUAUGCCUACACCCUGUCUAAUGUUUGAAAUUAAUUUAAAACUACAAUAUGUUAUACCUACCUACUCCAGCUGAUAUCAGAGGGUGUGGAUCCCUGGCUUUAUGUUUCAAAUUCUGAACUUGAUCAGGGCCCAUAUUCAUAAAACGUACUGAUCUAGGAUCAGUUUAGCCUGUUAGAUCACAAUGAAUAAGAUUACAUGGACAGAGGGAGCUGACCCUAGAUCAACACCCCUACUUUGGCCCAGGGUAGAGUGAGUGAAGGAAGGCCGACUUCUCCACUGCACAGUGAAUAGUCGAGUACCAGGUGCUAGGUUGGCUUAUUUACAUUUUUAAAACUUGAUACAAAAAAAUUAAUAAUUACUGAGUAAAUCAAAAGCUCUCUUUCCAAAGGGAGAAAUACUGUUUAUAGAAGAGAUUCAGACUUUAUAUACACCAUCAAAUCAAAUGUUAUUGAAAUGCUUACUUACAAGCCCUUAACCAACAAUGCGGUUCUAAGAAAAAAGUGUUAAGUAAAAAAUAGAUAAGUAAAAAAUAAUUAAAGAGCAGCAGUACUCAUAUUAAGCAGACUCACAUUAAGCAUCUCCAAUCAAAAGUUAGAUCUAGAAUCGGCUUCCUAUUUCGCAACAAAGCCUCCUUCACUCAUGCUGCCAAACAUGCCCUCGUAAAACUGACUAUCCUACCGAUCCUUGACUUCGGCGAUGUCAUUUACAAAAUAGCCUCCAACACUCUACUCAGCAAAUUGGAUGUAGUCUAUCACAGUGCCAUCCGUUUUGUCACCAAAGCCCCAUAUACUACCCACAAUUGUGACCUGUACGCUCUUGUUGGCUGGCCCUCACUACAUAUUCGUCGCCAAACCCACUGGCUCCAGGUCAUCUAUAAAUCACUGCUAGGCAAAUCCCCAUCUUACCUUAGCUCACUGGUCACCAUAGCAACACCCACCCGUAGUCUGCGCUCCAGCAGGUAUAUCUCACUGGUCAUCCCCAAAGCCAACACCUCCUUUGGCCGCCAUUCCUUCCAGUUCUCUGCUGCCAAUGACUGGAACGAACUGCAAAAAUCUCUGAAGCUGGAGACUCUUAUCUCCCUCACUAAUUUUAAGCAUCAGUUGUCAGAGCACCUUACCGAUCACUGCACCUGUACACAGCCCAUCUGAAAUUAGCCCACCCAACUACCUCAUCCCAUAUUGUUAUUUAUUUUGCUAAUUUGCACCCCAGUAUCUCUAUUUGCACAUCAUCUUUUGCACAUCAAUCAUUCCAGUGUUAAUAUGAAAUUGUAACUAUUUUGCACUAUGGCCUAUUUAUUGCCUUACCUCCAUAACUUACUACAUUUGCACACACUGUGAGGGAAAAAAGUAUUUGAUCCCCUGCUGAUUUUGUACGUUUGCCCACUGACAAAGAAAUGAUCAGUCUAUAAUUUUAAUGGUAGGUUUAUUUGAACAGUGAGAGACAGAAAAACAACAAAAAAAUCCAGAAAAACACAUGUCAAAAAUGGUAUAAAUUGAUUUGCAUUUUAAUGAGGGAAAUAAGUAUUUGACCCCUCUGCAAAACAUGACUCAGUACUUGGUGGCAAAACCCUUGUUGGCAAUCACAGAGGUCAGACGUUUCUUGUAGUUGGCCACCAGGUUUGCACACAUCUCAGGAGGGAUUUUGUCCCACUCCUCUUUGCAGAUCUUCUCCAAGUCAUUAAGGUUUCGAGGCUAACAUUUGGCAACUCAAACCUUCAGCUCCCUCCACAGAUUUUCUAUGGGAUUAAGGUCUGGAGACUGGCUAGGCCACUCCAGGACCUUAAUGUGCUUCUUCUUGAGCCACCCCUUUGUUGCCUUGGCCGUGUGUUUUGGGUCAUUGUCAUGCUGGAAUACCCAUCCACGACCCAUUUUCAAUGCCCUGGCUGAGGGAAGGAGGUUCUCACCCACGGUACAUGGCCCCGUCCAUUGUCCCUUUGAUGCGGUGAAGUUGUCCUGUCCCCUUAGCAGAAAAACACCCGCAAAGCAUAAUGUUUUCACCUCUAUGUUUGACGGUGGAGAUGGUGUUCUUGGGGUCAUAGGCAACAUUCCUCCUCCUCCAAACACGGCGAGUUGAGUUGAUGCCAAAGAGCUCGAUUUUGGUCUCAUCUGAACACAACACUUUCACCCAGUUCUCCUCUGAAUCAUUCAGAUGUUCAUUGGCAAACUUCAGACGGGCCUGUAUAUGUGCUUUCUUGAGCAGGGGGACCUUGCGGGCACUGCAGGAUUUCAGUCGUUCACGGCGUAGUGUGUUACCAAUUGUUUUCUUUGGUGACUAUGGUCCCAGCUGCCUUGAGAUCAUUGACAAGAUCCUCCCGUGUAGUUCUGGGCUGAUUCCUCACCGUUCUGAUGAUCAUUGCAACUCCACGAGGUGAGAUCUUGCAUGGAGCCCCAGGCCGAGGGAGAUUGACAGUUAUUUUGUGUUUCUUCCAUUUGCGAAUAAUCGCACCAACUGUUGUCACCUUCUCACCAAGCUGCUUGGCGAUGGUCUUGUAGCCCAUUCCAGCCUUGUGUAGGUCUACAAUCUUGUCCCUGACAUCCUUGGAGAGCUCUUUGGUCUUGGCCAUGGUGGAGAGUUUGGAAUCUGAUUGAUUGAUUGCUUCUGUGGACAGGUGUCUUUUAUACAGGUAACAAGCUGAGAUUAGGAGCACUCCCUUUAAGAGUGUGCUCCUAGUCUCAGCUCGUUACCUGUAUAAAAGACACCUGGGAGCCAGAAAUCUUUCUGAUUGAGAGGGGGUCAAAUAUUUAUUUCCCUCAUUAAAAUGCAAAUCAAUUUAUAACAUUUUUGACAUGCGUUUUUCUGGAUUUUUUUGUUGUUAUUCUGUCUCUCACUGUUCAAAUAAACCUACCAUAAAAAUUAUAGACUGAUCAUUUCUUUGUCAGUGGGCAAACAUACAAAAUCAGCAGGGGAUCAAAUACUUUUUCCCCUCACUGUAUAUAUUUUCUGUUUGUAUUUUUGACUAUAUGUUUUGUUUACCCCAUAUGUAACUCUGUGUUGUUGUUUUUAUCGCACUGCUUUGCUUUAUCUUGGCCAGGUCGCAGUUGUAAAUGAGAACUUGUUCUCAACUGGCUUACCUAGUUAAGCAAAGGUUAAAUAAAAAAAUUAUAACAAAUAAAAUAAAAAUAACAGUAGGGAGGCUAUAUACAGGGGUGCCUGUACAGAGUCAAUGUGCGGGGCACCGGUUAGUUAAGGUAAUUGAGGUAAUAUGUACAUGUGGGUAGAGUUAAAGUGACUAUGCGUAGAUAAAAAAACAGAGUAGCAGCAGCGUAAAAGAGGGGGUGGGGUGGGGUGGUGGGGACAAUGCAAAUAGUUCGGGUAGCCAUGAUUACCUGUUCAGGAGUCUUAUGGCUUGGGGGUAGAAGCUGUUAAGAAGCCUUUUGGAUAAGGGUAAAAAAUACAAGUCGAUUAUAACCAAUAGGCUAUACUUGAAAGUUGAUACAACGAAAGUAAUGCACACAUUCACAGAGCUGUUAUCAGUAAACAGUAACAAAAUAGUUGCACACUCAAAUGUGUUGAAUAAGAGCCCCUGCCUGUUUGACAGAAACAUCGACAACCAUUAUGGUUGAUGGAAAUUGUGCUGCCUGCUUUGGCUCAUUCAGUAUGUUUCUAGCUUUGGCUUUGUACUUUGAUAUUGUUGUGUUUCUCAGAGUCUAGGACCAUUUUUUCCUGACCCCAUUUUAUGUCUCUUGAUUGAUUUUAAUUCUUUACAUAAUUUAUAUCCCUCUCUCUCCAUCCCUCUCUGUCUCAGGCCGGAGGGGCAGACGCCCGCACCGGCCCCGCUCGCCCAUCUUCGAGGCCAAGGAGGUGCCCCCCCUGGAGCUGCCCAAGUCCUCGGAGGACCUGCUGGUGCCGGCCAAUCAGCUCCUCAACAUCUCAGCCGUCUAUGAGGUGCUGCGCAACUUCGGCUCGGUCCUGCGCCUCUCGCCGUUCCGCUUCGAGGACUUCUGCGCGGCGCUGGCGGGCCAGGAGCAGUGCACCCUGCUGGCUGAGACCCACACUGCCCUGCUCAAGGCCAUCCUGCGCGAGGAGGACACGUCCAACACCACGUUCGGUCCUGCCGACCUCAAGGACAGUGUCAACUCCACGCUCUACUUCAUCGACGGCAUGACCUGGCCCGAGAUGGUGCGCGCCUACUGCGAGAGCGACCCAGAGUACCGCCAGGUGCUCCCUUUACUGGAGAGUGAGGAGUACCCUUACGAGCCCCUCGAGAGCAAAAUUAAGGUCCUUCAAUUCCUCGUGGACCAGUUCCUGGCCACCAACCUGGCUAGAGAAGAGUUGAUGUCAGAGGGGGUGGUGGCGUACGACGACCACUGCAGGGUGUGCCACCGGCUCGGGGACCUCCUCUGCUGCGAGACGUGCUCGGCCGUCUACCACCUGGAGUGCGUGAAGCCGCCGCUGGUGGAGGUACCCGAGGACGAGUGGCAGUGUGAGGUGUGCGUGGCGCACAAGGUGCCCGGCGUGGUGGACUGUGUGACAGAGGCGCAGAAGAGCCGGCCAUACAUCCGCCAGCUGCCAAUCGGCUAUGACCGCCACCGCCGCAAGUACUGGUUCCUGGACCGCCGCAUCGUGGUGUAAGUAGACAACAACAAACCAACAUUCACUCACUCCAAAAUUAUACUGAACAAAAAUAUAAAUGCAACAGGCAGGGGCGCAGCAAUGGGUGGGCCUGGCAGGGCAUAGGCCCACCCACUGGGGAGCCAGGCCCAGCCAAUCAUAAUGCUUUUUCCCCCACAAAAGGCCUUUAUUACAGACAGAAAUACUCCUCAGUUUCAUCAGCUGUCUGGGUGACUGGUCUCAAACGAUCCCGCAGGUGAAGAAGCCAGAUGUGGAGGUCCUGGGCUGGCGUGGUUACACGUGGUCUGCGGUUGUGAGGACGGUUGGACGUACUGCCAAAUUCUCUAAAAUGACGUUGGCAGUGGCUUAGGGUAGAGAAAUGAACAUUAAAUUAUCUGGCAACAGCUCUGGGGGAUAUUCCUGCAGUCAGCAUGCCAAUUGCACACUCCCUCAAAACUGAAGACAUCUGUGGCAUUGUGGUGUGUGACACAACUGCACAUUUUAGUGGCCUAUUCUUGUCCCCAGCACAAGGUGCACCUGUGUAAUGAUCAUGCUGUUUAAUCAGCUUCUUGAUAUUCCACACCUGUAAGGUGGAUGGAUUAUCUUGGCAAAAGAGAAAUGCUCACUAACAGGGAUGUAAACAAAUUUGUAUACAACAUUUGAGAGAAAUACGCUUUUUGUGCAUAUGGAAAAUGUCUGGGAUCUUUUAUUUCAACUCAUUAAGCAUGAGACCAACACUUUACAUGUGGGUGAUUUAUUUCCCAGGUUUCAACUGUACCGGGCAAAUGGCAGAUAGUGUGUAUGUUUCAGCAUGAUAAUGCACAGCCCCAUGUCGCAAGGAUCUGUACACAAUUCCUGGAAGCUGAAAAUGUCCCAAUUCUUCCAUGGCCUGCAUACUCACCAGACGUCACCCAUUGAGCAUGUUUGGGGGAUGCUCUGGAUCGACGCAUACGUCAGUGUGUUCCAGUUCCCACCAAUAUCCAUCAACUUCGCACAGCCAUUGUAGAGUGGUGGUCACACCAGAUACUGACUGGUUUUCUGAUCCACGCCCCUACCUUUAAAAAAAGUUAUCUGUGACCAACAGAUGCAUAUCUGUAUUCCCAGUCAUGUGAAAUCCAUAGAUUAGGGCCUUUCAACUGCCCAGUGAGGAAUCCCUUUGACAGUUCUAUCUGCCCUACAAUCAAUAGGGCCUUUCAAUUGACUGAUUUCCUUAUGGAACUGUAACUCAGUAAAAUCUUUGAAAUUGUUGCGUUUGUAUCUUUGUUCAGUGUAAUAAAUAGUUAUUACAAUUUAAUAUUCUACCUGGCAGAAAAUGGUCAGUUCUAGACAAUAGAUUUACAUCUGAAUAUUCUGUAACGUUAUAUACCCUUGGACAUCCCUUCUCAAGCAAUUGAUUAGUUGGAUCAGGUGUGAUGGGACAAAAAUAUGCAUUUGCUAGGGGCUUUGGAGGAACAGUUUGGGAAACACAGGGUUAUGGGAUGGGAUGAUGGGCAAGGGCUGUUGUCUAGGAGGGUCUAUAAUAUCCUUGCCCUACUGACACCUUCUCAGUCUUUGAAAGGAUGCUGUUGUGGGAAAUGUUUGCUGUCCUGACACUAGGAGGAAAAUGUGAAAACAGUUGUCAUCACAAUGUGAAACGAAGACUGAGAUACUAAACUGAGUAUAGUGUCUAAACUGUGUCCUUUUAAAGGAAAUUAUGAGUGUUGAAGGCAACUGCUAAUGGCUACCCUGGUCAUUCUAUAGAAAGGUCCUUUGGAGAAAGAAUCUGGGGCAUAUAUUUUACACUUUUAUCUAAACCAGUGUUCCUUAGGUAGUCUAGCGGUUAGAGGGCCAGUAACUGGUGUCAAGGUGAAAAAUCUGUCUGUGCCCUUGAGCAAGGCACUUAACCCUUAUUUGCUCCAGGGGUGACAUACUACUAUGGUUGACCCUUUACCUUGUCCUUGGGACAUUUUUGUUUUUGGUCUUGCACUACACAGCUGAUUCAAAGGAUCAAUUCAUCAAGCUUUGAUGAUUUCAAUCAGGUGUGUAGUGCUAAGGCAAAAACAAGAAUGUGCACCCCUUGGGGUCCCCAGGAACAGGGUUAAGAAACACUGAUCUAAACAUUAUUUACAAAUGAUACAGAUUGGUGUUUACCGUCUGGGUAUCUCAGCCUGUCGCACCUCCAACAGUGCUCUUAGGUCAGCUACAGGAUAAAAACAUUUUUGGGGAGAACACAUGCAACUUCUAUGAGACAUGUUACGUGUGGCAGUGCUGACUAAGAUUGGGGAGGAUCGAUUCCCCUUGCUACCCUAUAGGCAAGCAACAGGGACUUGAAUUUGAUGCACACUGCUGAUGGGAGCCAGUGGAGAGUGUGAAGGAGUUUUAGACAGUCUGGUAAAGGGACACAAUGGAGUUGUUAACUGUGACAGAGGUCUUGGCGCAGGCCUUUCCAGGGAGGAAGAGCAGCUUCUCUUGCCAAUGUUGAGCUUGAGGUGGUGGGCUAGCAUCCAGUAACUCAGUGUGAUUGGGAAAGUCUCAGGAACACUUGCGUCAGGUCCCAAAUCGCUCCCUACCCCUCCCCUUGGCCCUAACCAUUUGUUUCUGCAGAUCUGUAAGGUGUGAGAUCCGUCAUUGCACUGCUUAUAGCCUGCCUGCCCAGACCCUACAGAUCUGCAAACAUCGAGGGGUUAGGGCCAUGGAGGAUGGAGCGAUUUAGGACUGGCGGAGUGAGCGAUUUUAGGACUGGCUUUACAAAGCAUUUAGAUCAAACUUUCUUGCCUGGUCUUUGAGAUGUCUUGGGUUUUUAAUCCAGUGGACAAUGACAUAAUGUACAUUGCUCUGACAUAACCAUAAAGUACAUGUUAGGACUAGUACCACAAAAUAUGUUGAUAUGUAUUAAAUGAACUGCCAGUUGGUAGAUGCAAAGAUGAUCUUUAGCUGACCAGCCAUCCUGCCUUGUGUAGGGCUCCAGGAGGUAUAGCUAUUAGCUGGCUACAAGCCUCAAAGGUGUCUCCAUUUUAGCAAAUAAAUCUCCCACUGACAAAUGUAGCUGGCUAGCUAGCUAGGAUCAUUCUAUUAGCUUAGCUAACAUUGCAUUAAUGAAAUAAGCAUUAGUUAGCCAACUAGCUAGCUAGCAAGCUAGAUGAGAGAGUUGUUUAUACGUUGGCUAAAAACUAGCUUUUACAUUAGUUCAUUUAGCUAUACAAGCAAGCUAAAACUGCACACAUCUGAGAAGAAGGCAUGUCGACCAGCUGACAGCUUAUUAUGCUAGCUAGCUGAUUCAAGGGUGAGCCGAGAGACAUCCGCACGAACGCAUCCAUCUACACAGGAUUAUUCACAACUAGCUAACAGGCAGAUCGCUAUGCUAACUCUUGCCGUUCCAACCUGUUCCUAAAUUUACCCGACACUAGCUAGCUAGCCAGCCAGCAAGUGAUCAUUACUUAUUUAUUCACGUGUACAGUGUCAAUUUCAAUCAGGCACUGACGUUAUCCAGCUAAGAAACACUGAUAACCCGGAAUCAAAAUUGAUGCAGAAGCGCGAGCAAUUGUCCCGUGAUCAUGUUCAAACUGUGAGCUUUUUUUACAUGACAGAUGGCACUCUUUUAAUGAUUUUAUUGAAACGUUUACAUUUACAUUUUAGUCAUUUAGCAGACGAUUUUAUCCAGAGCGACUUAAAUUACUUGUUUAGCUUCUCUGGUAAGGUAUAGAAAGGCCAAUGCCUCACUUGUUUCAAGGAUAAUGACAAUGUAAACACACAAAUAUUAGUAAGCGAUAGCAUAUAAGCCAGCUAUUAAGCACUAGUCACAGAUGGUAUGGUAGCAGACUCCUUUAACCUGUGAGGAGAGUGUCACACACACCCACGUACACACGCACGCGCGCACCACACAAACACACCUGAACAGAGGGAUUCGGAGGUAGCCUUCACUGUCUCAUUACCGCUGCCACCCAAGAAAGUGGCCUUCACCGGGUGCAGUGUAAUCGAUCUUCACCAUCCCCAUGGAGAGAGAGAGAGAAUGUGUGUGUGUGUCUUGAGUGGGUGGUUGCAUCCUGAGAGGAUGCUGACUAGACUGUUGGAAUACAGCCUAAGGCUACUGAGACCCAGGCCUCGACCCUGCUGUGCACAAAGCUGUCAAAUUUGUCAUUUUGUCUAUGUCUCAUGCAUGCCUAGUGUGCGCAAAGGUCUUACAACUUUAAUUUCCAUAUAAUCAUGUUUUCCAUGAUUGCAGCUAAGUCAAUGUUAACUUAAAGGGCAAUUCCACCAUUUUUCAACCUCAUUUUCAUUAUCUCCAGCACAAUACCAAUGUCUACAUACAGUGUAUGUGAAAACGGAGCAUUUCUACGUUCUACCUGAUGACAUAAUCAAAAGAUUUUCAAACACUAUGACAUUCACGGUGACGUGGAGCAAUAAAAUACCCUCCCUCUGGCUAGAAACUCGUUGCAGGUUUUCAAAAUCGCUGUUUUUCUUACUUUUAAUCCUACCCUGUGAUGUCACAGAGAAGCAUUUUUUUGGAACCUUUCUUCUUAUCUUUGUAACCACAGAUCAUAGAAACGUGCCGUUUUCACAUAUCUAGACACCGGUAUGGUGCUGGAGAUGAUGAAUAUGAGUUUGAAAAGUGGCGGAAUUGCCCUUUAAGGAAAACUGGCACCAUAGAAGACACUGAAAGAAGAAACUUGUAUUAAAUAGUUGUUACUACUAUGUCCUUACAAUGUACAGUAGAAGGUGUCUGUGGUAAAAAUGUUCUUCAUUCUACUGCUCUUCAUUUGAUGAUGGCAUCAAUUAAUCAAAGACCUCGAUCUCUCUCUUUCUCCAUCCUCUUUCUCUCCUACCCUGUCCCCUCCAUCUCCCUAUUAUCUCUCUCUCCCCUCCUCUUUUUCUCUCCACCACCUCCAUCCCUCUCUCGCUCCUUCCCUCCACCCCAGUGAGGAGGACGGCGAGCAGGAGGACAAGACCAUCUGGUACUAUAGCACCAAGGUACAGCUGGCUGAGCUGAUCGACUGCCUGGACAAGGGCUACUGGGAGGCCCACCUGUACGCCACGCUGGAGGAGCUCAGGGACGAGGUGCACACGCACAUGGACAUCACCGAGGAGCUCACCAACAAGGCCCGCGGUGCCAACAAGUGCUUCCUCACCGCCGCCAACGGUAAGAGAUGUGGACACGUUCAGAUAGGACAUGUUUGUUCUACAUAACCUAUAUCUAUCUGACAUGUUGAAUAAGGUAGAAUAAACAUCUCUAUUCAUGACAUUUCUGCAAUGUUUGCCUACUGAACAAGUCCUAGGGUGCACACACAGGGUUUAGGAUCUUUUUUCUUAUUUUAUUCUAGGACUGGUAUUGUCAUUUCAGAAGAAGAUUUGAGCAUUUGUUUGCAUAGUUAUUUACUAUUGAACUACCGGUAUUACACACUGACAACGUGCCUAUUGAAUGCAGCUCUCUGUACGCUGUUAGAUAACUAACUUAUAAAUGCCCCAUAGCACACAUCCUAUUGGUUCCUUUGAAGUUUAUCAUUGUGUUACCGUCAUUGGAAGGGUGAAAGCUUUACAUUGAAUCUAUUGAGACCCGGGUGAAUUUUGAGCACAUUUCAGUAGGGUAAAGCUGUUAUGUAUUUGUUUUUACAUUAGAAAGUAGGUUUAGGCUUUUUCGUCAAAUAAGGCAGUUUGGACAUGUCCCAAAUGGCACCCUAUUACCUAUGUAGUGCACUACUUUUGACCAGGCCCCAUAGGACUCUGGUCAAAAGAAGUGCUCUAUAAAGAGAAUAGGGUGCCAUUUGGGACAUACCCUUAGUCAAGAGGGGGUACUUCAAGUCAAUGAUUGGUUGUUUGGCUGUUGCCUGUCUAUGAGGGAAAGGAGCGCAAUUACUGCAAUGCCAGCCUCAAUGGAAUAGAUUGUCCCAAUUCAAAGAGAUGAUUUUGAUUUGUAACAAUUUGUGAUACGCUGUCAUUUCCAUCAGUCAUUGAUUUUGCCUCUUGACAAUGCUCAGUGGUUUGGAGAGAGCUACUAGCCUACUACUCUAUUUCCCCUUCAGUUCCUCCCCUAUGAUGAAUGAAUGGUGUUAAGGGAUGAGCAAACACUUACUCUGGUUUUGUCCAAAAAUGGCACCCUAUUCCAUAUGUAGUGCACUACUUCUGACCAGGGCCCAUAGGGUGCCUUUUGGGACGCAACUACUCUCUGUCUCUUGGUGUGUGUGAUAUUCAUCAUCGGUAUAAUUUUCUCUGUUCGGUUGGUUCUAACGAGGUUGCUGAUUUGCAUCCUGCCCAUGGCUGCACCUCUCAAUGUUGUCGGCCUCUGAGUUGGUAACGUGAAGGUGCUGAUCAGCGCGGCAACACACCACACACACCACACACAAACUUAUUUCAGAUCCAUGGUAUUGGGUGUGUGUAUGGGUUUUGCAGUUAUGACUCAUGCAAGUUGUGCACAUUAGCAUUUUGUGUGUGUGCGUGUGUGUCUGCACGUUUGCAUAUGUGUGAAAGGAUAUGCACAUCAUGUAAGCCUUUAGAUAGAGUAGUCCAUAUAUGGUAGUGCUGUCAGUUAUUUUUUGUUUUUUAAACAACUAAUUGACCAUCUCAGUUCAAUUAUUUGAAUUCCAUUUCGUUGUGUUUUUUUCUCAGAGCUCAAUGUUCACAUUGCGCUGCAGUUUCUCUAGAGAUAAAUCACAUCAUGCCCGAACUGUGCGAUGUAGUAGGGAGUUGUAGUUUCCAACAGGCUGAUGUUCUACAUAGUUUAGCGCAGAAAACAUGAUAAUUAACUACAAUGACCAUAAUCCAUUGCACAGCUACUUGUCUGGUCUGUUUCUUUUACGCGUGCUGUGCUACGGAAGAGACAGAAGAAUGCGCGGUCAAGAGGGGAUACAUAGAGAGCAGUUUCUUCGCGGUAUCUCUACCUGAAAAUACAUGAUCUAAGUGAUUGAUAGUUGGUAUUCAGCAGUCAUAAGCCUUAUUUACUUUGAAGAACUACUAAAAUAAUGAUUUUGUCAGACAGCAUAGGUAGCAGCUUUAUAGAGAUGAGAUGAUGACUUGGAAUUAAAUAAUAAAGUAGUCAAAUAAAACAAAUGUAAUAUACACAACAACUGAAAUAUUUUAUUAAGUGAUGGGCAGUCACUACCGUCAUGGGACUUUUAUUAAUUGUUUUAUUCUGUGUUGUUUCAGCAUUCAACCCACAUAAUGCAUAGUGCAUUUAAUGUAAAAAAUUAUAUAAUAAUAAAACGAAAUAGAAAAUCUUUAUUUUUUUAUAAUCUAACCGAACUGACCUCAAAAAGUACUAAUCGCUCAGCACUAAUGUAUGGCACUAGCAUACCGCUAUCCUUCUCCCCCUGCCUCUGUCAGAUUAUCAUAGUGGAUUUACCCUUCCUUCCCAAAGCAAUAUCCAAAAUAUUUCCAAACCCCUCGUAUUUGGGUAAGUAGGUCCUGAUCAGUGGGGCAGUGGCAGGUUGGCUGGCUGGUUGUGUUUGAGUGCCUCUAUCUCCUCCUGUGCUGGCCUGGCUGUAGGCUCUGAGCUCUGGGGGCUCUGGCAUUGCUCCAGCAGGCUUCACUGGGAGGAGGUCCAAGAUGGCAGGACUGAAUGUCUCUGAGGCAGAGAGAGAUGGUCGGAUAGAGAGAGUCAAUGGUCAUUGGUGGGGUGGGUUCACGGUUAAGGGACAGUGGAAGAAUAUGGAGGCAAAAGGUCAAGAAACAGGGGGAGGAGAGAGAUGGAGAAAGAAUGGCGAACAUAGAGGAGGAGAGAGGAUUUGAAAGACGAGGAGGGACAUGGCUGUGCUGGGUGUCCUCCUGUCUUCUAUACAUAGCCAAGUUAGCCAAGCCAGCCCAUCUGAACCAAAGGUCCCUGGGUGUGAGGGGCUCAAUUGUCUAACACCAGAGAGCCUGCCAAUGACUCCUCCUCUGCCCCCUCUGUCUCCCCCUCCCUUGAUCUCUCUCCCCCUCUGUCUGUACCCUUCCUCUCGCCCUCCCCCAGUUACAUGAAUACUACCCAGGCAUGUCGAAGGGCCAUAGGAACCAGUACAGCCAUUCCAUGACAACUUUACUAUCCAGUCCCAGUUUGGCUGGGCUCCAAACAGUUUCCUCCUCUCCUUCAUGACAACUGAUCUGAUUAAAGAACAAAUGGGAUGGUUGAAUGUGAUAGGGUGUUAAGGCUAUCCAAUCCUUUUGCCUAUCAGUGGUCUCGAGGUGACGACAAGAAUAGGAAGCUGUUGUAACAGCUGAGGCUUUUUAGAUUGGGACUCGUAUCUGUAGCCUGGUCCUAGAUCUGUGUUAUGUUUGACAUGGCAAUGACCGUAGGACUUUGUUAUACAGUAUAAACAGAUCUGGGACCAGGCUACUGUAACUGUGCCAUGGUGAUGGACACGGAUACAGACUGAGAUCAUGUUCUCUGUUGUUGUUCCUCCCAUUGAGAAUUAAUGGUUUGAAAUCUCACCAGUGAGUCUACUUACGACACACUCCUGCACACACACUGUGGAAAUCACAUUAUGUCUGAAAGAGCCUUUUACACACUUCCUCUUUCACACGCACGUAGACAAACACACCACACACACACACACACACAACAUAAGACACUGGCAUUGGCAGAACGAUGACAGAUCCCAGAUUGGGCCCCCUAGGAAGACUCUUUAGGCUGCUGUCAAGGCUUCUCCACCACACACACACACACACACACACACAUGCUCUCCAGCGACAAAUGACAGAGGAAGUAGGCUGUCAUUGAUGCCUGAAAUAUUAAAUAACCUGCUUCAUCACAGAGUACGACUUAAAUCUCUCAGCAUGUGGUCCUGCGAGAGAGUGGAAUUCACACAUUCAUACAGGCUCAUUUCUUUGUUUUAACGCAUUGAGCAGUUGUAUAAGCCGCGACGAUUUCUCAUUAUGCGGCUAUCAUUUCAGAUAAGUGUCAUUUUGAGGCGGUGUUCAAUUCCAAGCACAGCUGGGUGCUAAUGUGCUCAUUACCAGACAGACUACAUGGCCAUUCCUAUAGUAUAGCCCAGAGAAAAGCACAGUUAGUAGCAAGCUUUCAAACAUAGGUUUGAAUGUUUGAUUCAUCUGGCAUAAUUGCGCCAUGGUCAAAUAAGAAAAUGUAUUGAUUAAGCGUACUCUGUUUAAGCUAAUGCGUAGGCUGACUGACUCUCUACACACCAUUGCUUGCUGGCUAGAAUACGAAGAAUGCUCUGUGAGUUAUAGCUGUUUUAUAGGCUAGUCAAUAAAACAGGAGUUUAUGCUCAGGCAGUAUGAGACAGUCAAGGUGUAGCUCGGGUGCAUAACUCAGCGCCUUGAUUUCUGCAGUCCUGCUGGUUUCAAUUUCUAGCUGACUAAUCACCAUUCUCUAAUAACUCAGACUUUAUUGUGUUGUCCUUGAUAGUGUUUAGUCUAUAUACUGCUAGUUAUUUGGUAUUUUUGGCUGAAUGUUUAUUUGUUUUUAUAUAUAUAUAUAUGUGUGUGUGUGUGUGUGUGUGUGUGUGUGUGUGUGUGUGUGUGUGUGCGUGUGUGUGUAUAGUUUUCCCACAAUUAAACAUUUUAGACAUACAGUGGGGGAAAAAAGUAUUUAGUCAGCCACCAAUUGUGCAAGUUCUCCCACUUAAAAAGAUGAGAGAGGCCUGCAAAAAAUCCAGAACAUCACAUUGUAGGAUUUUUAAUGAAUUUAUUUGCAAAUUAUGGUGGAAAAUAAGUAUUUGGUCACCUACAAACAAGCAAGAUUUCUGGCUCUCACAGACCUGUAACUUCUACUUUAAGAGGCUCCUCUGUCCUCCACUCGUUACCUGUAUUAAUGGAACCUGUUUGAACUUGUUAUCAGUAUAAAAGACACCUGUCCACAACCUCAAACAGUCACACUCCAAACUCCACUAUGGCCAAGACCAAAGAGCUGUCAAAGGACACCAGAAACAAAAUUGUAGACCUGCACCAGGCUGGGAAGACUGAAUCUGCAAUAGGUAAGCAGCUUGGUUUUAAGAAAUCAACUGUGGGAGCAAUUAUUAGGAAAUGGAAGACAUACAAGACCACUGAUAAUCUCCCUCGAUCUGGGGCUCCACGCAAGAUCUCACCCCGUGGGGUCAAAAUGAUCACAAGAACGGUGAGCAAAAAUCCCAGAACCACACGGGGGGACCUAGUGAAUGACCUGCAGAGAGCUGGGACCAAAGUAACAAAGCCUACCAUCAGAAACACACUACGCCGCCAGGGACUCAAAUCCUGCAGUGCCAGACGUGUCUCCCUGCUUAAGCCAGUACAUGUCCAGGCCCGUCUGAAGUUUGCUAGAGUGCAUUUGGAUGAUCCAGAAGAGGAUUGGGAGAAUGUCAUAUGGUCAGAUGAAACCAAAAUAUUACUUUUUGGUAAAAACUCAACUCGUCGUGUUUGGAGGACAAAGAAUGCUGAGUUGCAUCCAAAGAACACCAUACCUACUGUGAAGCAUGGGGGUGGAAACAUCAUGCUUUGGGGCUGUUUUUCUGCAAAGGGACCAGGGCGACUGAUCCAUGUAAAGGAAAGAAUGAAUGGGGCCAUGUAUCGUGAGAUUUUGAGUGAAAGCCUCCUUCCAUCAGCAAGGGCAUUGAAGAUGAAACGUGGCUGGGUCUUUCAGCAUGACAAUGAUCCCAAACACACCGCCCGGGCAACGAAGGAGUGGCUUCGUAAGAAGCAUUUCAAGGUCCUGGAGUGGCCUAGCCAGUCUCCAGAUCUCAACCGCACAGAAAAUCUUUGGAGGGAGUUGAAAGUCCGUGUUGCCCAGCGACAGCCCCAAAACAUCACUGCUCUAGAGGAGAUCUGCAUGGAGGAAUGGGCCAAAAUACCAGCAACAGUGUGUGAAAACCUUGUGAAGACUUACAGAAAACGUUUGACCUGUGUAAUUGCCAACAAAGGGUAUAUAACAAAGUAUUGAGAAACUUUUGUUAUUGACCAAAUACUUAUUUUCCACCAUAAUUUGCAAAUAAAUUCAUUAAAAAUCCUACAAUGUGAUUUUCUGGAUAAUUUUUUCUCAUUUUGUCUGUCAUAGUUGACGUGUACCUAUGAUGAAAAUUACAGGCCUCUCUCAUCUUUUUAAGUGGGAGAACUUGCACAAUUGGUGGCUGACUAAAUACUUUUUUCCCCCACUGUACAUAAUAUGUAUUUUAAUUAUCUAAUCAAUUAAAUGAAUCAAUCAAUCUGUGACAUCUCCUUUCUCCAGAGGAGAUCCUGGACCGGCUGAGAGCCAAGCAGGUGGAGGAGCUGGAGGAGGUGAAGCGCCGGGCGGCUGAGGAGAGGGAGAAGGCGGAGGCGCAGAAAACUCUCUGGAAGGAGGAGGAGACGGAGGGGGGAGAACCCAAGGAGAAGACUGAUGACCUAGAGAAGAAGGGAGAGGAGGUGGUAGCAGUGGAGGGCAAGGCUGAGAAGGACAAUGACCAGGUGACCAAGGAGGGGACCACCAUUACAGGUAAGAGACACACACACUCCAUCUAACUAAAGCUACUGCAACACCAUGGUCCAACAGGCUCUACGGGCAGUUUGAUAUUUCUGUGUCAGGAUAUAGAGCGAUGUAGGCCUAAUUAAUUAUUGAUCCGUUUCCCACAGCUCUCUUCUCUUUCUGUGCCUAUUAGAAAUCCCUUGUGUUGCUUGUCAACACAUCGGAGACCACUUUGUCAACUUAAAACUAUGCCUUCAGCAAUACUGCUGAUAACCCCUCGGUAAUAAGCGUCCUCACACCAAGUUUUACACAAUGCCUACUAGCCUUAUUACAAUACAACAUCUUCUAUAUACCCACGCUGGAAGUGCUUGUUGUGCAUAUUCCAUACAAGGUCUGGUACAUACACUUUGACCAACUCUGAGAUUUACGUUGACAUUUUAGUCAUUUAGCAGAUGCUCUUAUCCAGAGCGACUAACAGUAAGUGAGUGCAUACAUUUUCAUACUGUGUAAUUUUAUUGGCCGCCAUCUUGGCAUCAAAAGUUCCAAGAUAAUUACAUUCUAGUGAGAAUGCAAAUUUGAAUGGAGUUAAAAUGGUGUCAACAUGUAGGAUAGUUUGCCAAACUCUGAAUAUCUGCGACUCUGAUUGUAGCAGAGCUGGCUCCCUCUACUGGUGAGGGCUCCAUCCCAGAGGGGAGUAAGCCUGAUCUCCCGGCUCCACAACCCACCCUCCCCGCAACAGAGGCCCCCAGCCCUGCCGAGGGGGGGCAAGACCUCCCUACCGGGGCCCGAGAGCCUGGGGACGAGGCCCAAAGCAACAUGGAGGGCGUGCAGGAGGCUGAAGGUACCAAGGGGGUGGUGUCACUGUGAACUUUGAACCCCAUUCAUCAACCCCCUCCAUUCACUUGCCGUGCUUGGGUUGUUCCUCUCCUAACAUCCCGCCUUCCCCUUUUUGCACCGCUCUACCCUUGGUCGCUGUCCCUCUUGCAUCCCUCAUUUAAUUCGCUGUCAAGCACCUCAAUAAUUGAUCUUGCAAUCAACAGGAUUUUUCAACACUUGCAAACACCUGAAUUUCAGCUUCGGUAUUGAACGCUUGUCACAACUGUGCUGAAUACCUGCUGUUAUUUCAUUCCAAAAGAAAGUUUAAAGCUAAUUGCUUUGAUGUGCAAUCAGGUUGAAUAGCCUGGCAUGAACCACAAUGACUUUCAGACAAAGCAUUUCAGUUUGAACCUUGUGGGCGCUAUUAUCCAAUCAGCACAAGUGCAUUGCUUCUGGCUUGCCUGCUUGUUAUCAUUAUCAUCAGUGUGCCCACUGUUGGAUGCUUGCCUCAGAGAACAUGGCUCAUUGUGAAGAACCAUCAUGGCUGCCAUGAUUCAAUAUCCAUCUUCAUGUGUUGCAUUUCUAAAAAGAGCUUCACCUUUAUUGUGCUAGUGGUGUAAAACCAAGUGUGUUGGGUUUGGCCAUAUGUCACAUUCCUGUCAUGUUGACGCUGUACCCUUAAUCUUUCAUUGGAUUGGUGUCUUAUCUGUUGACAUCCAUAUUCACCUCUGGGUGGACGUUGACCUUAGGCUCAGAUCUAGGAUCAGCCUUACCCAUCCCUCACCAUUCAGAACUGACCUUGGAUCAAUGUCUAGGGGCAACGUCAUCCUACUCCCCCAUGCUCGUCCCCUAAAGGGGUGAUUAGUCAUGCCUUUAAUGCAUGGGUCCCGAUCAUUAUUACUAUGAAUCAUCAUAACCCUAUUGGCUGUGUAAAAGGUUGCGUGUGGGCACUACAGGAAUGACACGCAUGCAGCUUCAUGACACUAGAGGGAGCUAUUGCAUGUCAUUUUAACUUUGAACUUGCUCUUGACAAGGGGCUGUCUGUUGGGUCUUCUCUUGAGAAGUCCACAUCCCAGGCAAACAAAAAUAUAGAUUGUAUUACAUGCCACAAUCCAAAAUGAAUUAAAAAGAUAGGCACCAUAUAAUCUCCGGAUUCCCUGGUGCUUAUCCAUUCAUUUGGGUCGAGGCAUAUAGCUGGAUCUACAUACAUGAUUGCGUGGGAUGUGGACUCUUGACAUAUUACUAAUUUUGACGUCUGAAAGUAUCUGUCAAACUUUGAUUUUGCAGUAUUAUACCAUCCCUUUAAAGCAUGAUUUUAAAUAGUGACUUACGUUGUGUUUUAGAGAAGGCAGGAUCUGAUUCUAGCUCUCCUAGUGGAGAGGGGGUCUCAAGCCUAAGCCAGCCAACUCAGCCCGGUGGUGAGGAGAACAGCAACAGCAGCACCAUUGCCAGGGAGUCCCCCAGGGGCCCGGAGGAGCCCGACCUGGCCGACCGGUCCUCUCAGUCCUCUGUCAACAGCCAGGACGACCAGGGGGUGAACGGCGAGGCCGGUGGUAAGCGGUCGGCAGUCACUCCGGGCGGCCGCAUGGUGACCCGCCUGCGUAACCCGGAGAGCAAGCUGAGCCAGCUGAAGAGCAAGAAGGUUGAGGAAGCCGUCCACGAGGCCAACAAGGGCUACAAGGAGGGCAAAGAGGUGAUCACUAUUAAUCUACAAAAAAUACUUUUUAGCCAUUGCAUUCAUAGCUAUCCUUAGGUGUACUAAACUUUGUUUGAGAUUACUUUGUAUUUUUCGUAAUCGUGGGCCUAAUAUUUACAUCUAAAAAUAUCAUGCAUUUAUUUCAAUUUGAGUGUCGCUCGUCUGUUAUUAACCUAUCAUGUAUUUGAUUUACCUUUGAUUUGACCCCCCCUCUCCUCACUCCAGGUGCUGGUGGUGACCCCGGCGGGCGACGUGUCGCGCCUCAGCACACGCAGUCUAACAAGCAAGGAGGUGGUGAUGAAGGGCACACUCAGCCACUUCUUCAAGCUGGGCCAGGAGGGCAAGUACCGUGUCUACCACAACCAGUACAGCGGAAACACGCUGGCCCUCAACAAGCCCCAGCACCGUGAGGACCUGGACAAGCGGCGACACCUCUCGCACAAGGUAAACUUAUUUUAAGAUAACUUUAGCUUGCACACAACUGAAGGAGUCAACAUAAACUUGAACAGAUAAACACUUGCGCUAUUUUUUAGAUUCAACUGUUUAAAGGGAUACUUUGAGAUUUUGGCAAUGAAGCCCUUUAUCUACUUCCCUAGAGUCCCAUGAACUCGUGGAUACCUUUUAUGUCUCUGCGUCCAGUAUGAAGGAAGCUAGAGGUAGUUUCCAGAGCCAAUACUAACUAGCGUUAGCGCAAUGACUGGAAGUCUACAGGAUAGCAAUUGCGCCAGCGCUAAUUAGCAACUUUCUUCAAACCGCACGCUGAGACAUAAGAAUGGUAUCCAUGAGUUCGUCUGACUGUGGGGAAGUAGAUAAAGGGCUUCAUUACCAAAAACUCUGAAGUAUCCCUUUAAGUCUUUGUUUCCUCCUUUCAGUCGUCUUUGUAUCUUGUACAGUACUGGCCCUCUAUCCUUGUUUGAUUUGAGCUGUUUUUCUUUCUUCAAUUUCUCUAAUUGUUGCUCCUUCUUAAUGCAUGUUUAAGUUUGUUUUAGUUGUACAGUGCUUUGUGAUUCCCCCAUGUAAUGAAAAGCUCUCUACAUAUAAAGCUGUUAUUUUAUUAUUCAGUUUUGCAUGACGCCGGCAGGCGACUUCAAGUGGAACGGCUCCAUCCACGGCUCCAAAGUGCUGACCAUCUCCACGCUGCGCCUCACCAUCAUCCAGCUGGAGACCAACGUGCCCGCACCCUUCAUGCACCCUAACUGGGCUUCACACAGGUACGGCUGGAAUGUGGGCUCUGGGUGUUUUUGAGAGCCUAGUUGGUUGAUUUACAAUUUAUGAAAGAAUAUGAUCAAAAUGUUUUUAACCCAUAAGAGUCUAAGCUGUGUCUAAGUCAGGGGAGGGUGGAGGGGGGGUUCUACUAAGCUAUAUGGAAUUGUUUUAAGAAGGUCAUACCAAGGAUCAUUUAGCUAUUUGAUUUGGAAUUUUAAGACCGUUUGAAGUAUCAAAACAAAUGUAUAUAAAAACAUAUUUGAUGAAAAAUUAUUUUUGGCCUUACUGCUAUUAGUCCAUAAAAAUGUGUUGAAUAACAGAUUCACUACAUGGAACAACAGUCCCCACCAUAAAUCCAAGGGAAGUUUCUUCUGAAGUGUCUGUCCUAUGUAUGAGAGAUAUAAGAAAGAUCAGGAUUAUAAAACAUUUUGGGACAUGUAUUUAACCCCUUAUUUCUGGCAUUAAACAGUCUCCAUAUACGUGUACUUCCAUACAUUUUUCAAUUGGUACCGGGGGACCUUCAGACGAGUCUUGUGAGGCCUGUGGGCGUCCUAGAGCAAAACAACCAACAUGUACAGUACCAGUCAAAAGUUUGGACACACCUACUCAUUGCAGGGUUUUACAUUGUAGAAUAAUAGUGAAGACAUAAAAACUAUGAAAUAACACAUAUUGAAUCAUGUAGUAACCAAAAAAGUGUUAAACAAAUCAAAAUAUAUUUUAUAUUUGAGAUUCUUCAAAUAGCCACGCUUUGCCUUGAUGACAGCUUUGCACACUCUUGGCAUUCUCUCAACCAGCUUCACCUGGAAUGCUUUUCCAACAGUCUUGAAGGAGCUCCCACAUAUGCUGAGCACUUGUUGGCUGCUUUUCCUUCACUCUGCGGUCCGACUCAUCCCAAACCAUCUCAAUUGUGUUGAGGUCGGGGGAUUGUGAAGGCCAGGGUCAUCUGAUGCAGGACUCCAUCACUCUCCUUCUUGAUAAAAUAGCUCUUACACAGCCUGGAGGUGUGUUGGGUCAUUGUCCUGUUGAAAAACAAAUGAUAGUCCCACUAAACCCAAACCAGAUGGGAUGGUGUAUCACUGCAGAAUGCUGUGGUAGCCAUGCUGGUUAAGUGUGCCUUGAAUUCUAAAUAAAUCAUAGACAGUGUCAACAGCAAAGCACCCCCACACCAUAACACCACCUCCUCCAUGCUUUACGGUGGGAAAUGCACAUGCAGAGAUCAUCCAUUCACCCACACCGCGUCUCUCAAAGACACGGCGGUUGGAACCAAAAAAUCUCAAAUUUGGACUCCAGACCAAAGAACAUAUUUCCAUCGGUCUAAUGUCCAUUGCUCAUGUUUUUUGGCCCAAGCAAGGGGUUGUUAAGUGUUCAUUUAACCAUUGUGUGCUCUUCCUGUUUUGGGGAGGGGGGCACUGGCUAUUAUUUAGAUACUAGUUUGUGAUAUCAUAUUUGGUGAUAACAUAUUUGUUUUUACAUGUUCAUCGAAGUUAGCGUGCGCUGCUCUUGUUCAGUUCUGACUCCAGCAGUCCCAGAUGACCGAUAAAGUCACACUGUCAUGAUUUGAUGUCACCGUGAUUCCAUAUGACGGAUAACACCAUUGUCUGACUCCCUUUGGCUUUGUUUUGGUUUUCAUCAGGAACAACUGGAUUAAGGCGGUGCAGAUGUGCAGUAAGGCCAGGGAGUUUGCCCUGGCCAUGGCCAUCUUGGAGUGUGCCAUCAAACCUGUGGCCCUGCUCCCUGUCUGGAAGGACGCGCUGGGACACACCAGGCGAGUAGACUCAGAGCACACACAGUCACGUCUUUCACUUUAAACUGGCAUCAAGUCAUCAAGAGAACCUAUUUUACCGUGUUAUGGCAUCCUUAGAAUGUCAUUACCACUUCAAAUAACGCCUUAAUACCAUUUAAGCAGCCACUUCCAAGUGUGACCUCAGAAUGAGCGCAAACCCUAGACCAGUGGCAGCUGCUGAAUGGCUGAAUACCCGGGGCGCGGGGUGGUUGGAGUUGUCAACAAAGCAGCAUGACAGAAAUAUGAUGCCAACUUUUCGAACUAUCGUUUCUUCUUUGAGAAGAUAUAUAAAGUGAUCUGUGCAUUUGAACUAACAGCAUAAAUACACCUAUUUCACUUUCUGCAUGAAAAAAACUGAAUGACCACUGCUGAACAUGCUGCCACUGUUUUGAACAGAUUAGAUUAUACUAUUGAACGAGUAGCCAGCUCACAAACAAACAGGUGCUCCAGGGCGAACGCAACAAGCAUGCAGAUGCAGUAAGUGAAAACACUAUCUAACUGGGGAUAGCUAGCUAACAUAAUGUCACAAAGCAUGGUUGCUAGGCAGUUAACUUUCAUUCUGAAAUAACUUCAUAUUUCGAGUUAGUCAGAUAUUCGUUUUGAAAGACUUGAAAUUGACCCCCCAAAAUUAAUUUGACCAAUAAAUCGACCAAACUAUUUCUCAAUGUUUCUGUCCAAUACAGUAGAAGCUGAUGAACACCGUGGGGGGAAACAAUAACAUUGGCCAGCCACCGUCGUGCUUUUUUGUCCUACCAGAUCUGCGAUGAGAAGGUUCUAGUUAGUGUAUCCCUCUGGCCUUCGACUCUUGUUGGAUGUAGUUGUCCAGUUUAUCAGGUCCCAGGCUCCCAUGACUGUUAAGAAUAUUUAUUUACAAGUUAAUUACAAUUAGCUUUUUGCUUUAGCGCCUUCUGUACCUGAUAGAGCAGAUCUAAUCUCACGUGUGGAAGUAAGCUGUCUGGCGCGAGACAUUUGAACCGUUUAUCGGUGAAUCGUUACAUCCCUAGUAUGAAGCAAUGCAUUCGGCAUGCAUUCAAAUUGAUAUGCUUGUAUAAACAUUGAAACACACUGCCUUCCAAAUGGAACCCUAUUCCCUAUAUAGUGCACUACUUCUGACCAGGACCUGGUCAAAAGUAGUGCACUACAUAGGGAAUAGUGUGCACUACAUAGGGAAGACCAGCAUACCCAGAGGUGAUCAGCAGCAGAUCAAAUGGCCCGCCCCUGGUGUGUAGCACAAUAUUUAUAUACUGGGGGGAAACGCUGCUACCUGUUCUACUGAUGUGUAAAGACCGCAACUCUCCUCCUCUUAACUGCCUUGAUUGUGUUAUAGUAACGGUGGGUAUGUGGGUGUGCAAAGUCAGUCAAGGGGCUCGCGUCAUUUGUGUGUGUAUGUGUUGCAUGGAGCCUUGCCAAGAGCAACGAGGGUGUUACCCUCCUCUGCCUUUUGAUCCGGGCUAGCCCAGACCUUGCACUCACACCAGAGUGCAUUGAAGGAAUCUGCUUUUGAACUGACUGUGUGUGUUUGACUUUCUCUCUCUUCCCCCCUUUCUGUGCCACCAUGCAGGCUACACCGUAUGACGUCCAUGGAGCGGGAGGAGAAGGAGAAGGUGAAGAAGAGGGAGAAGAAGCUGGAGGACGAGGAGACCAUGCAGCAGGCCACCUGGGUCAAGUACACCUUCCCCAUCAAGCACCAGGUAUUACACACUCACAGACACCCACACACACACUUAAGGGCUGCUACACAUACACACUCACAGACACCCACACACACACUUAAGGGCUGCUACACAUACACACACACAGACACAUACACCCCUUUCAUUUGGCCCUUGUUUACCGACCGAGCCCAGGCCCUUUUAAGUCGAAGCUCUACCACUCUAUUUACGACCGGGCCGUUCACCAUCACCCCUAAUCGCCAGGACGUGUUUAAUUGCCACUUCCUGCCUCCCAGAAUGCAGAGCGGUGUUAAAAGCCCUUUGAUGAGGCGAGUGUCCGAGCUCCGGUGGGAGUGUCAUCUUUCACAUAGUGGCCCUGCUAGAUAGGUUUACUUAAUGGUGGGUGUGAAUACCCUCUGGCCCUCUCAUUUCUCUCUCUCCCCCCUCCCCCCUCUCUCUCCUUUCCACUUCCGUCAUUCCGCUUUCCGUCUCUCUUUCUCUCUCUUCCAUGUGAAGGUGUGGAAGCAGAAGGGAGAGGAGUAUCGCGUGACGGGCUGGGGCGGCUGGAGCUGGAUCAGCAAGACACAUGUGCACCGCUUCCUGACCAAACUGCCCGGCAACACCAACGCCAACUACCGCGCUGAGCUGGAAGGUCAGCAGGAGCGUUCUAGUUUGUCUCCUCUUCAUAGAGAUAGAUAGAGCUCUCAUCUUUGUAUCUGUGCCUUUAUGGCAUCUGUGACAGCACUGGCAAUGGCAAUGUCCAUGCAAAAACAAAUUAUAUCCAACUAGAGAUCGUCAUCCAUCUCUAUGGUUUGGUUUGAAAGAAGUCAAGGAAUUCAGUGGACAAAUGUACACAUAGCUGUCAAACUCCUCCUCUUCCUUCUUAAUUGCCAAAAGUUGUGAGAAAUGUACGAUUACAUUUCACAUGGGAUAACACUCCCCUGUAAAAUUGACUCUACUAAUAUAAAUGUGGCUAUGAUAACUCAAACAAGUAUUUUUUCUUCCUUCGCAGCUGCCAGACGUGGCGAGAAAUGCAACUUGCUGGACUUGGGUCCAAGGCCAAGGUUGUUCAAAACAACUGUAGCUUCAGAACCCCAGGGAAGCAGAAGACCCGUGGAGAAAGAUGGGGGUACUACGCCCACCACCACUACCACCCCAGAGCCCUCAGCAGACCGCCUGUUGGGAGAGAAGACGAAGGAAAUGCCAGAGGAGGGAAAGAAAGAAGAGAGUGACGAGCCAGCGAAAGUGAAGAUGCAAGACUCCGCUGCAGACAAGAUGGAGGUGGACCCUAGCCUCUCAGACUCAGGACAAGAUGAUGAAAAAGGUUAGCGCUUUUAUAGACUGUCAUUGACUUAGCUAACUAACACAUGCAAUAUCAGUCACACAUAUUAUUGAAUCCACCAGAUCUUCACCAUUGUUCAGACGAGAGGAUAAGAAGAAUGAUCCAGUAACUUACGUGUCCAUUUUGUUUUUCUGUCAGAGACCAGCAGCAGCCCAGGGACCGAGACGGAGACGACGUCCGUGAAGCAGGAGCCUGGCGAGGGGAAAGCAAGGCCCUUUAACUACGACGUGGUGGACGUGGCCCAGGGCUUCCUGACACGCGUGGCCUACAAAAAGAAGGUCAAGGCCUCCAAGCUGGACGGUCUGCUGGAGCGCCGCGUCAAGCAGCACGCCCUGGAGGAGAAGCAGAGGGUUCAGGUCGCCCUGGCCAAGCCUACCCCAGCGAAGACCCCCGCCCUGCCGCAGACCCCACUCCAGCCCCAAACUCCGACCCAGGCCCAGAGUCCCACAGUGAAAUUGGAGUUCAGCACCCCUUCGGUGCCACCUGCGCUUGCUCCAUUGUCAGUCAAAGGGGAGGUGCAGGCGGACCCUUCAAAGACCGCUGAGGGGGUCCCUCACCUAGCCACAGCGACCCCACCCAAAGAGCCUGCAGCUGAAGCAUCCCCACCAACACAAAACCAAAUGACCCCCCAUAAACAGGAGGGAGACCUCCCUGAGAGGACUAUAGGGCCCACAGGGGCCGGUUCAGGGCAGGAGGGCCUUAAAACGCCCAGCAGCACAGCGGAACCGAUGGAAACUCAGAGUUCAGGUGGGAUCCACUACACUGGUGGACCAUCAGAGUCUACCAGCUCCAAGCCCGUUUUCACCGAGGGUGCAGGACCUGAAGUGGCCAUUUUGAAACCCCACUCCACAACGAUACCCCCAAGCACUAUAACCCAGCAGGGCAGCCAGAUUGCAGCUACCGUUCCUAAACCCCCCCAGCAGAGCACAGAGGAGAAUGGGAAGGGGCCCGAGGAGCGGCAGGGCAAUGGACAGAGCAGCACCGAGGCCAUCGCCACUGGGUCCCAGCCCUCCUCUCUACCUCAGAUCAAUGGAAAUGACAGCGUGGAGGCUAAAGCCUUGACCAACUCUUUACCAACUCUAAACGAGCCCUCCAACGCUCUCACUAACAGCUCAGAGGUGAACAGCCUAGGCAAGGUGGAGGGAGAGGGUCAAGUGGUCUCGCCCCUAAAGCCCCUGCUCAACGGCAAUUGUGGCCCCUGUAGCCGAGAGGACCGGGCCGGACAGCACGGAACCAAGGCCGGCUCCAAGGUUAGAGGUGGAGAGGAAGGUCACGGUGUCGGAGCAGGACUUCCAGCCCCCGGUGAAGGUGGCCAGGCUGGAAAACAACGUGGAGGCGCUGGGGUCUACGACCACCCAGAGCACCCAGCAGCUCAACAACACCCAGCCCAUGGAGGUUAAGCGCGAUGCUACUACGCCCAACAAAAUGGCCCCCUCGUCGGUGCGCUCUGCAGAGGACUCCAGCCUCAGCAAUGACUUUGCGGAGGAGAGCAGCAACAGUGGGGUGGGAUCCUUCGGUAAGACCAUCCUCACCCAGGUAACCACCACAACAACCACCACCACCACGGUAUCCACGGAGUCUCGGCUAACGGCGGGGGUCUCAAGCUCUUCGGGGACGACAGCCGCGCCUGUAGUCUCAACCACCGAGAGCAGCGCGGUGUCCACGCUCACCACCAUGACCAAAACCACUGUGACCAAAAUGCUGUCACCCACGCCCGACAGCCAAUCAAACGAGAGCCAGAGCGAAACGGUGACCGAGUACAAGACAACGCUCCUCGCCGCCCACAACGAGUCCUCUCGUUCAACCUCCUCCGUUUCGGGGUUCGUGACCUCGUCGACCUCCACCAAGGGCCGCGUUCGCCUCCUCAAGUUCUCGCGCACCAAGAAGACGCGCUCAGGCACCGCCUUGCCAUCCUACCGCAAGUUUGUUACCAAGAGCCAACGUAAGAGCAUCUUUGUCCUGCCCAACGACGACCUGAAGAAGCUGGCAAGGCGGGGGGGCAUCCGUGAGGUGUCCAUCUUCAGCUACAACGCCAAGCCGGCCCAGGACAUCUGGCCCUACCCCUCGCCCAGGCCCACCUAUGGCAUCACAUGGAGGUGAGAACACAGCUUUCAACGGGCUAGCGCCUUAGCUAACUGCAUUAUUUGAAAUGAUUAGGGCCCUGAGUUUUGCCAGACUACCUAGCUAGAGAAAACUCAGGGCUUUAAAUAUAUGGGUUUUCUAAUGCUCCAUGUGAUUUAUGAUUAGCGUUAGUUUCAGCCUUGCGCUCCAUCAACUCUUAGCUGUGAUACAGUCAUACCACAAUAACUAGAACCUCUUGAGCAUUAAUGCUCCGGCGAACGAUAUUCACGUCUUGUCCUGUUGAUUUGUUGGUAAUGUCUUCUCGUCCUUCUGUUUGCUGUUAGUGGGUUUGGCCCCUAUGACUCUGUUGUGGCUCUCACAGAGAGACCUCAGGUUAUUUUGACCACCGCUUUUUACUGCUAGACGUGAAUCAUACUGGCGGUCUGCAAGUGUCAGGAUGUUCGCGCUGCGUGUUAACCGCUCCGAGGAUGUUUUCCCUGCCUGUGGUCAGUCAGUCACACUGGAAAAGGAGGAAUGUCUUUCCCUGGCUGUGUCCCAAAUGGCACCCUAUUCCCUAUAUAGUGCACUGCUUUUGACCAGGGCCCUAUAGUAUACUAUGGUAUAGUAGUGCACUCUAUAGGGAUUAGAGUGCCAUUUGGGACGCACACCUUGACUGUCCCAAUAUGUUUUUUUUUUUAGAAACAUUUGUUCAACCUUUUUUAAAUAGCCAACAGAGGAAGCAUACCAAAGAGUCAGGUUCAUAGCCAACCUCGGAAACAAGGAAGUAACACGGUCAUUUUACCUGGCUGCCAGGGUUGACUUAUGAACUUUAUGAACUCUGUGUGCAUGUGAGUGUGUGUGUGCACGUGCUGUCUCUUUUUUAUGUACCUGUAUGGUAGCAGACAAAGGCUGUGUGUGUUGGUGACCCCAGACAGUUGUGUGUUUACGUGUGCGUAUGUGCCUGUGUGUUUGUGUAUGUGUGGUAACCUAUUAGUCUGUCUCUGCAGGUACCGUCUCCAGACAGUGAAGUCCCUGGCAGGGGUCAGUCUGAUGCUGAGGCUGCUGUGGGCCUGUCUGAGGUGGGACGACAUGGCCGUCAAGCCCUCCGCCGCUGUAGGCACCACGCGCACAGGUAGACCAUCCUUUCUCUGCAUGUAUCUCAACACCCACCCACCCAUAUACAGUUGAAGUCGGAAGUUUACAUACACUUAGGUUGGAGUCAUUAAAUCUCGUUUUUUCAACAACUCCACAAAUGUCUUGUUAACAAACUAUAGCUUUGGCAAGUCGGUUAGGACAUCUACUUUGUGCAUGACACAAGUAAUUUUUCCAACAAUUGUUUACAGACAGAUUAUUUCACUUAUAAUUCACUGAAUCACAAUUCCAGUGGGUCAUAAGUUUACAUACACUAAGUUGACUGUGCCUUUAAACAGCUUGGAUUCCAGAAAAUGAUGUCAUGGCUUUAGAAGCUUCUGAUAGGCUAAUUGACAUCAUUUGAGUCAAUUGGAGGUGUACCUGUGGAUGCAUUUCAAAGCCUACCUUCAAACUCAGUGCCUCUUUGCUUGACAUCAUGGGAAAAUCAAAAGAAAUCAGCCAAGACCUCAGAAAAAUAAUUGUAGACCUCCACAAGUCUGGUUCAUCCUUGGGAGCAAUUUCCAAACACCUGAAGGUACCACGUUCAUCUGUACAAACAAUAGUAUGCAAACAAUAGUCUGCAAGUAUAAACACCAUGGGACCACGCAGCCGUCAUACCGCUCAGGAAGGAGACGCAUUCUGUCUCCUAGAGAUGAACGUACUUUGGUGCGAAAAGUGCAAAUCAAUCCCAGAACAACAGCAAAGGACCCUGUGAAGAUGCUGGAGGAAACGGGUACAAAAGUAUCUAUAUCCACAGUAAAACGAGUCCUAUAUCGACAUAACCUGAAAGGCCGCUCAGCAAGGAAGAAGCCACUGCUCCAAAACCGCCAUAAUAAAGCCAAACUACGGUUUGCAACUGCACAUGGGGACAAAGAUCUUACUUUUUGGAGAAAUGUCCUCUGGUCUGAUGAAACAAAAAUAGAACUGUUUGGCCAUAAUGACCAUCGUAAUGUUUGGAGGAAAAAGGGGGGGACUUGCAAGCAGAGGAACAUCCCAACCGUGAAGCACAGGGGGGGGGGGCAGCAUCAUGCUUUGGGGGUGCUUUGCUGCAGGAGGGACUGGUGCACUUCAAAAUAAAUGGCAUCAUGAGGAAGGAAAAUUAUGUGGAUAUAUUGAAGCAACAUCUCAAGACAUUAGUCAGGAAGUUAAAGCUUGGUCGCAAAUGGGUCUUCCAAAUGGACAAUGACCCCAAGCAUACUUUCAAAGUUGUGGCAAAAUGGCUUAAGGACAAUAAAGUCAAGGUAUUGGAGUGGCCAUCACAAAGCCCUGACCUCAAUCCUAUAGAAAAUGUGUGGGCAGAACUGAAAAGGCGUGUGCGAGCAAGGAGGCCUACAAACCUGACUCAGUUACACCAGCUCUGUCAGGGAAGCUUGUGGAAGGCUACCCGACAAGUUUGACCCAAGUUAAACAAUUUAAAGGCAAUCUAACAAAUACUAAUUGAGUGUAUGUAAACUUCUGACCCACUGGGAAUGUGAUGAAAUAAAUAAAAGCUGAAAUAAAUCAUUCUCUCUACUAUUAUUCUGACAUUUCACAUUCUUAAAAUAAAGUGGUGAUCCUAACUGACCUAAGACAGGGAAUUCUUACUAGGAUUAAAUGUCAGGAAUUGUGAAGAACUGAGUUUAAAUGUAUUUGGCUGAGGUGUAUGUAAACUUCCGACUUCAACUGUACAUUGUAGGGGAGGUGUACCAGUUUGAUGUAGUCAUUGCGUGCUAAGAAUAUGGGAGCAAAUACUUAACUUUUUAUAACUUGAAUACACCUAUGAGUGCAUUUGUCCAACUACUUAUGAGACCUUCAAAUGGGGGGACUAUAUACAUAAAGUGCUUUAAUUUCUAAACUGUAAAACAGAUACAGUGCCUUCAGAAAGUAUUCACACCCCUUGACUUUUUCCACAUUUUGUUGUGUUACAGCCUGAAUUUAAAAUGGGUUAAAUUGAGAUUUUGGUUGUCACUGGCCUACACACAAUACUCCAUAAUAUCAAAGUGAAAUUAUGUCUUUCAACAUUUUUACAAAUAAAAUAUAAAAAUAGCUGAAAUGAAUGUUUUGAGUCAAUAAGGAUUCACCCCCUUUGUUAUGGCAAGUCUAAAUAAGUUCAGGAGUGAAAAUGUGCUGCCCAUUCAUUUGUAGCUCAAACGGCACAUCUACGGUACCGAUUUCAUUCGAGUCUCCUAACACUUGUGGGGGUCGUAGAGCAAAACGGAUGGUGUUCGUGGGAGUCUCCCCUUUCCACUGAGUGAUAAUAGAGUAGGCCACACCGUUCGGACACUACAGACGUUUACGUGAGAAGACAGAUUUUCUGGAUGUCUCAUGGUCUAACAAACACAGCUCUAGCUCUGUCACCUUUCACCGCAGAUGCGGAAGUGCGACACUGGCGGAUGCGGUGGAUUUGAGACACAUCCAAUGCAACAAAACAGAUAUCUCUAGCUUAAACUGACAGAUUUUGUUAUGUAACUUGAUUUUUUUGUUGUAUAACUUAAAUUAACGCACUGGUGUGUCAAUCGACUCUAGGGGGUUAAAAAGUCACAUAAUAAGUUUAAUGGACUCAAUUUGUGUGCAAUAAUAAUGUUUAACAUGAUUUUUGAAAGACUACCUCAUCUCUGUGCCCGAUACAUACAAUUAUCUGUAAGGUCCCUCAGUCAAGCAGUGAAUUUCAAACACAGAUUCAACCACAAAGACCAGGGAGGUUUUCCAAUGCUUUGCAAAGAAGGGCACCUAUUGGUAGAGGGGUACAAAUAAAAAAAACAGACAUUGAAUAUCCGUUGGAGCAUGGUGGAGUUAUUAAUUACACUUUGGAUGGUGUAUCAAUACACCCAGUCACUACAAAGAUACAGGUGUACUUCCUAACUCAGUUGCCGGAGAGGAAGGAAACUGCUCAGGGAUUUCACUAUGAGGCCAAUGGUGACUUUAAAACAGUUACAGAAUGUAAUGGCUGUGAUAGGAGAACUGAGGAUAGAUCAACAACAUUAUAGUUACUCCACAAAACGAAUCUAAUUGACAGAGUGAAAAGAAGGAAGCCUGUACAGAAUAAAAAUAUUCCAAAACAUGCAUCCUGUUUGCAACUAGGCACUAAAGAAAAAAUGUGGCAAAGCAAUUCACUUUUUGUCCUGAAUACAAAGUGUUAUGUUUGGGGCCAAUACAAUACAUUACCGAGAACCACUCUCCAUAUUUUCAAGCAUAGUGGUGGCUGCAUCAUGUUAUGGGUAUGCUUGUAAUCAUUAAGGACUGAGGAGUUUUUCUGGAUAAAAAAAUAAACGGAAUGGAGCUAAGCACAGAAAAUAUCCUAGAGGAAAACCUGGUUGAGUCUGCUUUCUACCAGACACUGGGAGAUGAAUUCACCUUUCAGCAGGACAAUAACCUAAAACACAAGCCAAAUCUACACUGGAGUUGCUUACCAAGAAGACCGUGAAUGUUCCUGAGUGGCUGAGUUACAGUUUUGUCUUAAAUCUACUUGAGAAUAUAUAGCAAGACUUGAAACUUGUUGUCUAGCAAGGAUGAACAACCAAUUUGACAGAGCUUGAAGAAUUUUGAAGAGAAUAAUGGGCAAAUGUUGUACAGUUCAGGUGUGGAAAGCUCUUCGAGACUUACCCAGAAGCACUCAUAGCUGUAAUCGCUGCCAAAGGUGCUUCUACAAGGUAUUGACUCAAGGGUGUGAAUACUUAUGUAAAUGAGAUAUUUCUGUAUUUAAUUUCCAAUACAUUUCAAUAAAAUCAAAAAACAUGUUUUCACUUUGUCGUUAUGGGGUAUUGUGUGUAGAUGGGUGAGGAAAAAAUAUAUAUUUAAUCAAUUUUGAAUUCAGGCUGUAACACAACAAAAUGUGGAAUAAGUCAAGAGGCAUGAAUACUUUUGAAGUAUUUCGGAAGGCACUGUAUUUAUGAAAAUACCCUCAAAUAAAAGGUGACAUUCUGUGCUGUCGCCUCAUAUGAAACAUUUUACCUCAAAUCCAGCUUCGCUGGACAAAUAAAUACGUAGGGGAGUGUAUAUCCUAAUAUAUCCACCAUGAAGCCUAUUUCCUCUGCUACUCCUAUUUACUUUUUACUUAAAUAUCAGAGGCUCUUCCCAUGGAAUGUCAUUCCUGUGUAUUGUAUUGAAUGGCAGCGUAUUAUGUUGUUACUGUGUGAUGUCUUGGGAGUUGUUCUCUGCAUCUUCCUCCUCCUUCAUCCUACACCAACCCAGCCCUAUCCCCACUCAUUGCCACAGAGACCUCCGAGACGGAGAUCACCACCACAGAGAUUAUCAAGCGCCGCGACGUGGGGCCCUAUGGCAUCCGCUCUGAAUACUGCAUCCGCAAGAUCAUCUGCCCCCUCGGCGCUCCCGAGACCCCAAAAGGUGAGGGAGAAGCAGCCGGCUAGAAUAAAACUCUACAUAGAAUGUAAAAUGUCGUUGUUGACACGAUCUCUCUUACUCUCUUAUUCUUCUCUCACUGCUUCCCCCUCUACUUUUGUUUUUCUUGCUCCACCCUUACCAUCUCUCUCUCUCUCUCUCUCUCUCUCUCUCUCUCUCUCUCUCUCUCUCUCUCUCUCUCUCUCUCUCUCUCACGUCCAUUCGCAUCCAUACAGAGACCCACACGCCACAGAGGAAAGGCCUGCGCUCCAGCAACCUGCGGCCCAAGAAGCCGGAGCCCAAAAAGGAAACUGGGCCGAUGGUGAUUGAGUCCUGGGUGGCCGAGGAGGAGCUGGACCUCUGGGAGAUCAGGGCCUUCUCUGAGAGGUCAGAGGGCAAAGGGCACGGGGGGCACGAGAUCUAGGGGUCAUAGUAACUGCAUACUCCAUGCUAUUCUCUUCAGUGAACUGUAAAUUGAACUGUCAUUAUCUUCUGUUAUCAACGCACUUCAACUCUCUUAGACUAAUUAAAAAAAACAUGUUGCUUAAUUUCCCUAAAUUUGAUUAACUAUAGUUUUUGUAUAGCUAAUUGCAUUCAUUUGGGGAAAAAAUAGUUAUGUUCCAACUCUUUCAGUGGUUUGUGUAUGAUACAUCUCUUUCUGUCUUCACAGGGUUGAGAAGGAGAAAGCCCAGGCGGCGGAACAGGCCAAGGUGAGUAGGACCACUAGCUGUGUGAAAAAUAAGCAUGUUUUGUUGUGUUUUCCGGAUUAUUUCACGGUUUCUCUUGUUCUAGAAGCGCCUGGACCAGAAAACGGGCGCUGGCUCUACCACAGUCACCACCACGGGGAGCCCAGCCACCCCCGCCUCCACCCCCAAGGUAGUGACCCUGUCGGGCCAGUCCACCCCCGGAACCAAAGUGGUACUGGCCACCAAGAUGGGCACCCCCGUGACCUUCCAGCAGAACAAGAACUUCCAGCAGUCGUUUGCUUCCUGGGUCAAGCAGGGGCAGCCCAGUGGAGGUAUGUCAUAGGUCAUUUUCUUUGUUCACAAGCCAGUAGAUUGGUAAAGAGAAUAACUUCAUUGAAUCUCUUUCAGAUGUGUUCUGAUUUUAUUUGUGCUCAAGUGAUGUUAUUUUUUGACUUAGUAGGGAAUCCUUGCAAAUAGAAAGUAAUAGUGUUUGUGUAUGAAUCAACCCCUAACAGACUAAAUCUGUUUGAGUCACUGUUAGCAGCUGUGCUUGUUUAGCAGCGGUUGAUCUUUGACUCUCGGGUGGAGCCUCAUUUGCAUAUUUCCCUGUAGCCUCGCCGGGUACAGUGGCCACGUCGGCCGGACAGACUUUCCAGAUCACGGGCACGUCCAUGGGGGGCAAGGUGCUCACCGCCAAGCUGCCGCUGCCUGCCAACAGCAAGAUUGUCACUGUCAACGUGCCAACCACUCAAGGAGGUACAGUAACUCCCCUGUGCCCACACCUGAGGCACAGUGAGAGACCGGUUUCGCUUGAAAAAUAGAUAUUUUGACUUCAAUGGGACAACCUGGUAAAAUAAGGUUAAAUUAAACAAGAAAGAGAGAGGUCCUGUUUUAAAUGCUGUACAAAUGCAUCCUUCAUUCCUCCCUUUUUUCCAUGAUGACAAGGAUGGAUGACUGAAAGGAAAUGUUUCUCUACCAACUGCCAUCUUCUCCAACCACUAACCUAACUUACCACUAUUGACAGAAGCACUGUCUCACACACCUGUUGUGGCACAACACUGUGGUAAGGUCUGUCCUCUUGACCAGGCUAGUGGUGCGGUGCCCACUCAAUGCCAACCCCAUUGCGGUGCCCCGCCACGCGCCAACUCGUGAUUCAGUGGCUCAGUCUGGAGUGGCACAUGCACAUCAUGUCUAGUUGUGCCCUGUCGGCAUGGUAGUCUAAUAGAACGUUGUUAUUUUAGGUGGGACAGAACGGUAGACUGUGUAGUCUAAGAACUUAGCCAGACCGUCUUUUGAAGUAGCUAAUUUAGAUGUCAAUAUUGACCCAUCCGAUGAGGUGAUGGUUCAUAUUUUUAGCACCGCUGUCCCGUUUGAGUUCACCUUUAACAGUGGGUUGAUGACGAGUGUACAACACUGUUAAAGGCACAAUCCUUCAUUUGUUUAUUCAGCCAAACGGCAAUUUAUUGAAAUUCCAAUUGAUGCUUCACGAUGACUGACUUGGACUAAUACUUGGUUGUUAGUGUGUGAGUGAUUGUAGGUGAGGUAGUUUUCUAGUGUCUAAAAAGGUCAGAUAUCGAAGAUAUGCUUGUAGACGUAUUUGUGCCGAAACCUUGUCUUACUACAAUAAGGCUUAGCUUUUUCAUCAUUAUUACUGACCAAUACUAAAACUCAAACAAUGCAAAAACAUGACCUUAUCCUGAACCCGUUUUUGCCUCCCAUAUUUCACAAUAUCUUUCCUGUUUCUAAUUAUCCAUAUAAAAGGAUGGUCAUGCCCUUGGCUACACUCUUUGAAUAUAUAUAUAUAUACACACACACACCAACACACACGCUCUCUCACUCACACACACACACACAGAAGACAUAUCCACGGAUAGGCUAAAUUACUCCACAAACAAACAGCGCUCCUGUCUAGUGACACCCAUGACCAGGGAGGGAGAGAGAGACAGCUGGUAUUAAGGAACAGUAGUGUAUUUUUCCAGCGUGACUGUUUCAGUGCCUGUUUGUUUUGGAGCAUGCUAAGGAAGCGGAGCAGGAUAACAAGUUUAUGUUGAGGUCUGGUUCAUCAGACAGGUAACCCGCUAUAGAGAGGUGGAGGAUGGAGGGAUUUCUACCCCCCUCCUUCUUUCUGUGUCGCUUACUCGCUAGCUCACCAACUCUCCAAACAGCUACUCUUAUGAAGUGGCCGUUUGAUGUCGGUGCCAGAACUGAAACUCCCCAGUCUUCUACUGUAGCUGGUUUAACCUCCACUAUUUGAAGAGGGAAACCAUUGAUUUAUAGCUUUACCUGAUCGGUUUUGUGGUCAGAAAAAAGGCACCCAAAAAAACACAGAGUGAGGAGAGGGUGAUGUAAAAGAGGGCAACAAUUUCAGAUCUUUUGAGGAAACGAGUUUUCAGUUUGGUUGCCGUCCUGUGUCCACGUGAGCUCAAAAGUAUUGGCACCACAGCCAAAGUAACAAAUAUGAAACACUCGCUUUGUCGGAGGUAAAUAAAAACGUAUGAAUUCAAGGAAAAGUCAUACAUAAUUUAUGAGCAGGUCAUACGUGAUGGAUUCAAACCAACAUACCCCGUUUGAAGAUUGUUUUGAUGUUGUUUACUUGCUGGGUUAAUAUUUACUGUGGUCAAGAUCAGAGAGGGUUGCAACUUGAAAGGAACAAAAUCCACAAGUAAUUUAUUGAGUGACGUAUUGAUACAUCAUGAACUGUGCACAAUGAAUAGUUUGUUUCUAUACCUGAUAAAGUGAAACUGGUAGCCUUGAGGGGACAUUUCAGCUUUCUUCAUUUCCAAAAGAUAAAAGUGAAUAACUAGAGUAGCAUUAUCGUUUUUAACAGAUGUUGGUGGAUUCAUUUCUGUCUUUAAAUGUGAAGCAUUUGAUCAUCAAAAGUCAGAAUAACACACAGGUAUUCUGAAUAUUGAAUAUUCAGAAUAUUGAUCAUCUCCAUAAUGCUAAUGUUAUGGUGAUAUAAAUCAAAUCAAAAAUGGAAUAAAAAUGGUAUUUGUCACAUGCUUUGUAAACAACAGGUGUAGACUAACAGUGAAAUGCUUACUUACAGGUCCUUUUUUAACAAUGCAGAGUAUUCGAUAAAUAUCAAUCCUGUAUGUGUGGUUCACAGCAAUAGGUCCUCUCCUCUCCCCAGGUAUGAUUCAGAAGCAGGUGCUGGGCAUCAUUCCCUCAAGCCAAGCUGGCGGCGCCCAGACCUUCGCCUCGUUCCAGCCUCGCACCACAACCAUCAACAUCAGGCCGGGCAUGCCUGGCUCACCACAGCAGGUAACCCCACCAUCUUUCCCUAUCUAUCAGUCAAUCAAUCACAUCUAUUUAUAAAGCCCUAUUUACGUCAUCUGUUGUCACAAAUUGCUUUACAUGAACCCGCCUAGAUCUUCAAAUUCCCCCUAUCUCACCCUAAUCCUUCCCUUCCUUACCAACAUCCACCCUGCCCCCCUGUCACGUCUUCUCCCCACAGCCCUCUAAAACAGGUCAUAAGCAGUAACACGUGAUCGACACGUUAUUGAAAAAAUGCCCCAUGAACUGUUAACAGCAACCCUUCACUGGAGUCACUGUAGUCCCUAUGGUAUAAGGGAAAGUCCCUGUGUUGCUGAUCUUGGCUGUGUUUCUAGGUGCUCACCGCUGGAGGCCAGAUCCGUCCGGGGAUGACCGUGAUCCGCACCCCCAUCCAUCAGACAGGCGCCAUGGGUAAGACCAUCCUCCGAACCCCCCUCAUGGUGCAGCAAGGUAGGCUAUUUGUAUUUGCCUACUUCAUUUUAGCUUGAUAGGCCAGUUACAAUCAUCUCUUUCACUAACUUCUGUGUUCAUGCAAGUUCUGACUCUGUCUGUCUGCCUGUCUGUCUGUCCUGCCUGUGUGUGUCUGUACUUGUGUGUGCGUCCACUUACGUGUGUGUGUUCUCCUCCAGGUCAGGCGGGCCAGCAGGUGGUGACCCAGAUCAUCCGCGGGCAGGCAGUGUCCACGGCCAUCUCGGGUGCCAGCCCCGUCACCACUGUAGCCGGGCAGAGGGUGGGCAGUGCCCCCAACACCCCGGGCCAGCCCAACACGUCCCAGACGCCCCAGCAGAGGGCACAGCAGGGCCAGGGCCAGGUCAAACUCACCCUGGCACAACUCACCCAGCUCACCCAGGUAACAUCAGUUACCCCAUAAUAACCCUUCUACUGAUGUCAGGCAACAGUGGGACAAUAGGCUUCUGCUCUGUCCACCUAGUGCACCGUAAUUCUGCACCUUUUAAAACAAUUAUGUUUUGAUUUUAGUCCUACUCAACUGGAAAUAUCGGAAUAACUCAGUUUCAUGUCCCUGUUAGUAUAUCUAUAUGUGCUAGUUUCGACAUGGUCUGUUUGUUUUUUUAAAGAGUAGUGUACUCUUGCCUGGUCGCAGAUCAGUUUAUCUAGCCAACUCCUAAGUUGUUGCUAUAUGGCAUGACAAACAUAUCAGGGACCAGGCUACAGUUGUACUUCUAAACUACCUCCAAAAGCAUCAUCCCUCCUCUCUCUCUCCCCCAAUCAGAAGCAGCAGAGCCAGGCAGUAGAGCGGCCGGGCGGCGGGGCCCAGGGCCUGACGGUGAUGAUCCAGGGCCAGGGCAAGGCCACAGGCCAGCUGCAGGUCAUCCCCCAGGGGGUCACGGUCAUCCCCGGGCCCGGUCAGCAGCUCAUGCAGGCGGCCAUGCCCAACGGCCAGGUCCAACGCUUCCUCUUCACCCCCGUGGCCCCCGCCGCUACCCCCACCACCACAGGUAGUCAAAAGAGCUAAUAAUAGUGUGUAUUAUUGACACAGCUACUUACACACACAGUCGCCAUCAUCCACUUCAGGGCUGUGUUCAGUAGACACAAAAGGGGGAAAUGUUUUGUAACAGACAGUGAGAGGUUACGGUAGUAUGUCAAAAGUGUUUGGUCCGGUUUUGUGCCCACUGAACAGGACCCAGUACCCAAAGGUUAUGUAGCCUACCAGCAGUCACACACACACUCGCAGAUCAUUGUUUUGCUAUUACAAUACGACACUGGAUUGUCACAAACACUCAUUACAUUAUCCGUAGCCUGUGUGUCUUCUAAAGGUCUGCCCAUCCUCUUUCUCUCCUCUCCUCCCUUCAGCCCCCACCAUCCAGGGCCAGACCACCAAGACCCCUGCCCAGCCCGCACAGCAGGCGGUAGCGCCCAUCCAGGCCGGCGCCGCCCUGGCCACCAGCAUCCCCCCAUCCGCCACCCCCCAGGGCCAACUCCCCUCCCAGACUCAGGCCCACAUGCCCAUCCAAUCCCCCACCCCUCUCCAGGUCAAGUCCAUCAAACACCCCCCCGGCACCCCCACGGGCCGGCCCCAGCAGACCCUCCAGCUCCAGGGCUCUCCCCACCAGCUCAUCACCGUCCCGGGCCUCCAGCAACAGGUCCAGGUCCUGGCUCAGCUCCAGGCCCAACAGGGGACCUCCGGAGGCUCUCUCCCCCAGCAGAUCAAGCUCCAGCUGCCUAUCCAGAUCCAGCAACCCGGGGUCGGUGGAGCCCAGCCUGGAGGUCCGAUCCAGAACGUGGUGACCAUCCAGACGGCCAGCGUGCAGGAGCAGCUCCAGAGGAUCCAGCAGCUGAGGGAGCAGCAGCAGCAGAAGAAGAGGCUGGUGGCCGAGGCCAAGCGGGAGCAGGCACUGACGGCGGCCAGCCAGAGCGACAUCAUCCAGAAACAGGUGCGGGUGGUGGUCAAUAUCAGAAACGUGGACUUACAUGUAUGUGUUCGCCUGUCUGUAAGUUUGGAUGAUGGGGAGGUGUGGGUUGUGUGUUCAGGCAGCCAGCCAGACACAGUUAGUGAAACAGUAUAGUAGGUCCCGUCUCUCUCUGACAUCAGUACAUAAACAGCCUGCUCCCACGACUGUGGUUUAUUUUCCAAGCUGUCCCACUGUCUUUGUCUAUUUUAGAUGCUACCUCUGUGUGUAUGGUAUAUGUAUGAUGUGCAUGUGUGCGAGCACGUUUGUGGAUUGCGUGCGCCCCUACUGUAGUGCAUGCACACACUUCUGAAAUGGCACCCUAUUCCCUAUAUAGUGCACUACUUUUGACCAGAGCCCUAUGGGCCCGGGUCAAAAGUAGUGCACUAUAUAGGGGAUAGGGUGCCAUUUGGAACGUAACCGGUGUGAGGCCUGAGUUGACCUCUGACCCCUCUGUCUCCUCUAUGACAGGUGGUGAUGAAGCAGAACGCGGUGAUCGAGCACCUCAAGCAGAAGAAGCCCAUCUCCCCCGCCGAGAGAGAGGAGAACCAGAGGUGAGGGACUAGGACCUAGCUAACGCUGUUGCCAUGACGAUCAGACCUUGUGUUGACCCGCCGUGUGUGUGUGGAGGUGUCAUCCUUUCCCUCCCUGUGGAGAAAGCCAGGGGUUAUAUUUAACGUGUCUGGGUCAUGGGAAAGGUUACCACAGACAGACCAUGUGUUGUGUCCUCCUCACUGGGUUUAAACCAGACCUACAGUACUGGAGCAGGGCAAGCCAGGGCACUGUGGUUGUAUCCCAAAUGGCACCCUAUUCCCUAAGUAGUGCACCACUUUUGACCAGGGCCCAUAGGGCUCAGGUCAAAAGUAGUGCACUACAUAGGGAAUACGGUGCCAUUUGGGACACAACCGUGAGUCUCGUUCUCUUUUUUUUGGGGGGGGGGGGGGUCUUGUCUCCCUCCAUCUCUCUCUUUUGUAGUCAGUCACGUCAGUGUACACAGUCUGGGAACCAUGGUUGACCUUGAUCUCCCCAGCUUGUGUGUGUGUGAGAGAGCAGUGGCUUCCUAUUGCUAGUCUAUCUUUCCAUCUUUCUCCGGCCCCACCUCUAAAUAAACACGGGGAACAAAAACACUCUUGACAGCUGUCACACGUGACCUUCUGACAUGGCUACCGAUUGGCUUACAGUGUUUUGUCUCGUAGUUUGAGGUAACGAACGGGUGAUGGAAAGGUUAAUGAUGUUAUGAUGUAUGGAAACAUUAUUCAUUCAAUUUCCUUCAAGUCAAUUCAUAUUUGAUUAUUAGAAUUACUCCCAUAAAUCUAUUCACUUUAAAAUUCCUUCACUGUACUAUGGAUGAAAAUGAGCUUCAUAGCUAACUCUCCUGUUACGUUGAUGGGAAAACUGAAAUGAAGACUGAACAUUGUCACCUAAAUACAAAAUGUUUUAAAAUCCCAUCCACCCCUCCCCUCAGGAUGAUUGUGUUCCUGGUGGUAUUCAUCUUUAUAAAUGGCUAUAAGCAUGUAUGAGCCUUUAUAUAAUAUGUUACAUCUCUCCCCCUCCCAUCAGGAUGUUGUGUGGCUGGCAGUAUAAAUGCUAAACUUGUUAUAAGCAUAUAUAAACCUUUCUAAUGUUCUAUAAGGCCUAUAACAUGUUGUCUCUAUCCCCUCCACCCAGGAUGAUUGUGUGCAACCAGGUGAUGAAGUUCAUCCUGGACAAGAUGGACAAGGACGAGAAGCAGGCGGUCAAGAAGAGGAAGAAGGAGGAAGCGGGCGAGCAGAAGAGGACCAAGGCCAACGCCACCAAGCUGUCGUCGCUGCUCUGCCGGCACAAGGAGACGCUCAAGGCCGAGAUCCUCAAGAAGAGAGCCCUGCUGGACAAGGAGCUGCAGCUGGAGACGCAGGUCAGACACACACGCGACAUUCUCCCAUGAACAUACUGUACUCACCAUGGACACAUGGUAGCAGAGCUGCACACAGAUGUCCAACAAACACACACUUUCUAUCUCACUCUCUACCCUUAUCUCCUUCCACAGGACGAGCUGAGGAGGGACCUCGCCAAGCUGCGACGGGACAAGGAAAGGGCCCAGGCCGCCUCCCACCAGGCGGCCGCCGCCGCACACACGCAUCACGCCCAGCACGCCCUCACACACACCUCCCAACUCACCUCGGCGGCCUCCGCCCACAAGCGGAAGCGGGAGGAGGAGAGGGACGCAGCGUCGACAGCUAAUGCCAAGAAAGAAGAUGAUCUCCACCACUACCUCAAGAGACAGCAAGAAGGAAAUCAGGCUCUACUGUGUCUGCAAAACGCCCUACGACGAGUCCAAGUAAGAGACGAGCUGUGUUUUUAAAUGGUACCCUAUUCCCUAUGUAGUGGGCUACUUUUGAACCAGGGCCCUGGUCAAAAGCAGUACACUAUACAGAAAUUAGGGUGCCCAUUGGGCUCUAGUCAAAGGUAGUGCACUAGGGAAUAUGGUGCCAUUUGGGACGUAACCCACGUUUAUCUACCGCAAACAUGACCCUUGUCUGAAGUCCUUCUGAAGAGCCUUAAUGUAGUCCAAACACGUUAAAUAUAUACACUGCUCAAAAAAAUUAAGGGAACACUUAAACAACACAUCCUAGAAUCCCAGGAUUCCAAGGUACGCUUACGGUAACUAACGGAUAUGGUGCUACGGUCUAACCACCAGUGCUGGGUUAGUAGAAAAACCAGGAAUAGAGUAUUCUUCAGAGUCUUCAUGUGACAACCUCGACUAACCUGUACACCAGCACAUUGACUCGGUACCGGUACCCCCUGUAUAUAGCCUCGCUACUGUUAUUUUAUUGUGUUCUUUUUUUCAUUAUACACUGCUCAAAAAAAUAAAGGGAACACUAAAAUAACACAUCCUAGAUCUGAAUGAAUGAAAUAAUCUUAUUAAAUACUUUUUUCUUUACAUAGUUGAAUCUGCUGACAACAAAAUCACACAAAAAUUAUCAAUGGAAAUCAAAUUUAUCAACCCAUGGAGGUCUGGAUUUGGAGUCACCCUCAAAAUGAAAGUGGAAAACCACACUACAGGCUGAUCCAACUUUGAUGUAAUGUCCUUAAAACAAGUCAAAAUGAGGCUCAGUAGUGUGUGUGGCCUCCACGUGCCUGUAUGACCUCCCUACAACGCCUGGGCAUGCUCCUGAUGAGGUGGCGGAUGGUCUCCUGAGGGAUCUCCUCCCAGACCUGGACUAAAGCAUCCGCCAACUCCUGGACAGUCUGUGGUGCAACGUGGCGUUGGUGGAUGGAGCGAGACAUGAUGUCCCAGAUGUACUCAAUUGGAUUCAGGUCUGGGGAACGGGCGGGCCAGUCCAUAGCAUCAAUGCCUUCCUCUUGCAGGAACUGCUGACACACUCCAGCCACAUGAGGUCUAGCAUUGUCUUGCAUUAGGAGGAACCCAGGGCCAACCACACCAGCAUAUGGUCUCACAAGGGUUCUGAGGAUCUCAUCUCGGUACCUAAUGGCAGUCAGGCUACCUCUGGCGAGCACAUGGAGGGCUGUGCAGCCCCCCAAAGAAAUGCCACCCCACACCAUGACUGACCCACCACCAAACCGGUCAUGCUGGAGGAUGUUGCAGGCAGCAGAACGUUCUCCACGGCGUCUCCAGACUCUGUCAUGUCUGUCACAUGUGCUCAGUGUGAACCUGCUUUCAUCUGUAAAGAGCACAGGGCCCCAGUGGCGAAUUUGCCAAUCUUGGUGUUCUCUGGCAAAUGCCAAACGUCCUGCACGGUGUUGGGCUGUAAGCACAACCCCCACCUGUGGACGUCGGGCCCUCAUACCACCCUCAUGGAGUCUGUUUCUGACCGUUUGAGCAGACACAUGCACAUUUGUGGCCUGCUGGAGGUCAUUUUGCAGGGCUCUGGCAGUGCUCCUCCUGCUCCUCCUUGCACAAAGGCAGAGGUAGCGGUCCUGCUGCUGGUUUUUUGCCCUCCUACGGCCUCCUCCACGUCUCCUGAUGUACUGGCCUGUCUCCUGGUAGCGCCUCCAUGCUCUGGACACUACGCUGACAGACACAGCAAACCUUCUUGCCACAGCUCGCAUUGAUGUGCCAUCCUGGAUGAGCUGCACUACCUGAGCCACUUGUGUGGGUUGUAGACUCCGUCUCAUGCUACCACUAGAGUGAAAGCACUGCCAGCAUUCAAAAGUGACCAAAACAUCAGCCAGGAAGCAUAGGAACUGAGAAGUGGUCUGUGGUCACCACCUGCAGAACCACUUCUUUAUUGGGGGUGUCUUGCUAAUUGCCUAUAAUUUUCACCUGUUGUCUAUUCCAUUUGCACAACAGCAUGUGACAUUUAUUGUCAAUCAGUGUUGCUUCCUACGUGGACAGUUUGAUUUCACAGAAGUGUGAUUGACUUGGAGUUACAUUGUGUUGUUUAAGUGUUCCCUUUAUUUUUUUGAGCAGUGUACUAAGCUACCUCCAAUGCCUCUCUGAAGAGAGAGUCAAAAUGUAUACUGUUAACCAUUUACGAGGAAGCUAAAACAUUAACAGAAUUGAAGAUCAAUUUCACCUGAAAUUGAAAUUUCACACACUUUCACCUGAAACUAUUGCGGUGUGACUCUCCAUUUUUUUACUUCCUGAAAUGCCAUCAACCAGGAAGUUGAAACACUAUGGCAACACACAAAUGGCAAUCAGUACAUUCCUAACAAACGCACCUGAAACCAUGGUCGUAUGGUGGUCUGUUUUGUUUUGACCCCGUAGAGGACUCUGCAGUGUUUUGCUUCCUGACUAUCAUGCUGUCAUCCAGGAAGUUGAAACACUGACAAAUUAGCAAUCAAUGUCUUUACUUACAAACCUACCUGAACCCAUGGUGGUUACAAUGACCUCAUUUGACCCCAUAGUGAUUUGGCAUUCUUUCACAUCCUGUGUUCUCCCAGGUUCUACAUUGGCUGUGACCUGUGCAGCAACUGGUACCACGGCGAGUGUGUGGGCAUCACAGAGAAGGAGGCCAAGAAGAUGGACGACUACAUCUGCAGCGAGUGCAAGCGGGCCCAGGAGGGCAAGACCGAGGAACUCUACUGCAUCUGCCGAACACCCUACGACGAAGCACAGUAAGUGCAUAGGAGAAUGAGUGUGUGUGUGUGUUUUGUGUUUGGGUCCUCAGUGGCGAAAACGUACAAUAUUAUCUAUUAGAUGGUGAUAUCUGUUGAGCUUUUGAUAUUUCGUUUCAGUUAUACUUUGUGUUGUUUUCUAUUUCCUUUGAUGUCUAGGGCUGAAGGUUGUUCUAUGUAACAGAGCUUGAAUUCCUUAUGUAAAGACAUUGGCCGUGUCCGAAAUCUGUCUUGCCUACUACUUACUAAAACGACAUACUGGGUACUAAUCGUACUACAUGCUAUUUAGAACGUACUGUUUACUAAAAACAUAUUCAGUAAGCAACAAAUAUCAGCAUACUAGGCUCAUCCAUACAGAGAAUACAUCAUCUAAUGCACAAUUGCGUUGAUUCUCGUCAUUCGUUCAUUUUGGUAGCGCACAUCCCCUAUUCUGAUUAGCAGCUCUUGUCAAACACGUGGGUCUCGAAAUACUAUUCUCUCCCUCUAUAGUGUGGGGCGAAUUUAACUAGAUGAAAACCUGAAAUUAGUAUGACAUCCUGGCUUUUAAAGCAUACACAUUUUCUGAAAUGUUCCUUACUAUAAAACAUAUUAUUUUCGCAUAGCCAAAAUGCCUACUAUUUAGAAACGCAACUAUGGGUAUUCGGACACGCCAGAAUCUAUUUCUCCGAUCAGACUUGGAACAGAAACCAGGGUCGUGUUCAUCAGGCACAAUGAACACGACCCAGUUAACCGUACCACCUUAACCCUUCUCACCUCUGCCACCCUCCUCCUCGGCCCCCACUCAGGUUCUACAUCGGCUGCGACCGCUGCCAGAACUGGUACCACGGCCGCUGCGUGGGCAUCCUGCAGAGCGAGGCCAACCACAUCGACCAGUACGUGUGUCCGCAGUGCCAGUCCACGGAGGACGCCAUGACAGUGCUCACGCCGCUCACCGACAAGGAUAACGAGGGGUUAAGGAGAAUCCUGCGCUCCUUACAGGUAUGUCACCCCUCCCUUCACCCUCGUUCCCUCUCUACCUAGCGGAACGUCGGGACGGUACGAAACAAAGCCCUCCUCUGUUCUCAUCUCUUAUCUGAUCUGUACGCUGGUCCCCUGGGCAGCACUUGGACAACUGCCCUGGCUACAGGGUUUUUCCACCCUCCUCUUCCUUCUCUCCUCCGUUUUUUUUCUCUCUUCCUUCUUCCCCUCCUCCUCUUUGUCCGCAUGGCACGGACGUAGCCGGAGCACAUCUGUGUUGAGCCAGCUGCUCCCAAUGCCAUUUUCAACCUCUGUUUGUUAUCCUUAGUUUUUUUUUGCUCCACAUCUCUCAAGUGUCUCCUCUCUCUUUCUCCCUCUCUCUCCCUGCCUCUCUCAGGCUCACAAAAUGGCGUGGCCGUUCCUGGAGCCGGUGGACCCGAACGACGCCCCAGACUACUACGGUGUCAUUAAGGAACCAAUGGGUGAGUUGGGAGAGAGUUCUGUCUGUUUGCAUUCGUUCCUUCAUUCAUCCUGUGUUCAACACUGUAAAAAGAGGUGCUGUUGUCAUUAGUGGAAUAGUCAUCACAAGGUUGUUACACACCCAAACACACACCCCAUCGCCCUGCUCGAGAGGAAAGGCCUCCAACUCAGAUCAAACUGCCCAUGUAAAAGGCGAACUUGCGUCAACAGGGCCUUUUUGAACUUCCACACAAACAAACCGUUAAUGAGCUGGCGGAAAAACCCCAGAGGCUUCUACACUUGGACAUUACAGUAGCCCCCUUCUAAACGACGGUGCAUUCGACCUGGGCCUGGAAACUGUAGUCCACCGGCCGCAAAAAAUAAGCCUUUUCGCCCUGCAGGAAAAAAAAGCCAAGUCUGGCCACGGCGGUCCAGACGGCGUAAGUUUGGGGUUUGUAGAUGAAGUCUGAUGACGGAGAAGAAGGGCCUCUUUGAUAUGUGCACGUGGUCGGCCUGCCUACUGGGUGGGGGUGAGGGAAGGUUAAGGAUCGGAUAUGUUUGUUUAAAUUGGAGCCCCGGGGAGCGACACGGGAGAAAACCACCGCUAUCCUGUGAGGGGGAAAUAUGAAGGAACAGGUUUGUUGCUAGCUUACCUCGCUAAGUAUCGUGAUAAUUGAGAGACAACUUUCAACUUCUUUCAAAGGCAACUUUCAUAACAGUUGACAGCAUGUUGCCAGAAUCGAUGGGUCGGCCUCUCGGUCACAUCCCGCGUGAUUCAAUUUGAAUGGGCCAAGCCAGAGAUUGAGGUUUGAAUCUGGCGUUGAGCUAGGAUCUUUGACUGUCAAGUAGAAGUGAUGUAUUGCGCUUUUAGACGCAUACUUGAAUAUCUAUCAAAACAUUUACACCACAUAAACUGCAAUUACUUUUGAAGCAACUAUGCGAGAUGUUGGAGAAGAAUCAACUUGCUGAUUCCGAGUGAUUCAUGUUCUGUUGUUCUUGUCUUCCUCCCUUCUUUCUAGACCUUUCUACGAUGGAGGACCGGUUGCAGAAGCGCUACUACAUCAAGCUGACGGAGUUUGUGGCGGACAUGACCAAAGUCUUCGACAACUGCCGCUACUACAACCCCAGCGACUCGCCGUUCUACCAGUGCGCCGAGGUCCUCGAGAACUUCUUCGUCCAGAAGCUCAAAGGGUUCAAAGCCAGCAGGUAA